GUGCGGACCCCGCCCCCGGGCAGCGGGGUCGCCCCGCCCCGCUCGCACUCCGAGAAGUUUCCCAGGGUCCGGGAGCGAGGAGGAGGCGCCGCCGCCGCUGCCGCCGCCGCCGCGCUUUCGGUGUCCUGGUGUCUGGCUGGAGCCUCGGCGCGGCCCCUUCCAUGGAUCUAUAGGGCGGCAACAGGACUUUAGGGGGGAAUGGGCUUGGCGUCCCGGCGCGGGGGCCCGUGGCGGGCAUGGCUGGGCUGCAGCCUUUUGGGCAUCGCUCUGCUGGCGCGCCUGACCCGGGGAGCAGGUAAGGAGGACCUCGGGGGUGUCGGGGGGGGGAGGACGGGACACAGGGCGCUCGCCCCUCCGGCUUCGUUAAGCCUAGCACGGGUGGGAAGAAAGCCCUCCCCGCUUCGGCCGGGCUCGAUCAUGGCCUCUUCGUUUCCUCUUUUCAAACUUUUCAAGCAAACUUCGCCGGAGCCUCUCGGAGUCCCCUUGGCGCUCCUCGGUGCCUUGAGCCGCCAUCUCCCUCCCUCCCUCCAGUGCGGGUGGGGGGGACGGACCCUGAAGUUAUUUUCCUUGUUCCCGGCUAGAUCCCCGUCCUUUUCUCUCUCUCUUCCGCACCCCCCCCCCCCACGCCAGAAGAAGGGGAGGGAAGGGGAAAGGGUUACGGAACGGGCCACAAAGAAAAUAAAUGAUCGUUGUUUAAUUACCGAUUGUGUGAAGGGGAGGGAGCGAUUAGGCUGGAUUGGCGGGCGGGCGGGGGGUGCUAAUUCGCCGGCACUGAUUUGAGCUGCGGGGAAACAAUCUUGCACUUUUUAUUUACUUGAAGUAAACUUUCUCGGCAGCCAGUUUAAGCUUCCCAGCCCGGAGCGGCUGGAAAAACCGGAGCGUGGAUUUCGGAUCUGGCUUCUCUCGGUCUCCGCUGUAGCCGUCGCUCUCUGUUUCUCUUUCUCGGCUCCUUGCAAAGCAACUCUUGCUCGGGCAGGCUGGCGGAGGGAGAAGCUUUCAAUUUUCUAUGGUAUCCCAUUGAGGUUUUAUUGAAGCGGGUAUGCUGUGGAGUUUGGUUCUGCCAAAGCCUGGAGUUUGUGCAAGAGCGUAAAGGAGGAAAUAAAUGUUUGGUUUAACACGCCUGUUGUGCAGACAUGCAAAUGCAUUUGGUAAACGGCAUGGAUUGAAAAUUUAGUGCCCUUGAUUGUGCAACUGGUGUAUGUGAGUUUGUCUGUGAAUGUGCGCAUGAUCAUAUGUUUAAAAACGCAUAAAAUGCAUUGCAUGUGCAAGGCCCACUCGUCCUCUCUUUCUCAUGGAAUAUAUGCAAGAGGUACAUACAUGAACUUAUAUUUGUGUAGCAAGCUUGUGUGCUGGUUUGUGUGUGUGUGAAAUGAUUUGCUGGUAAGUGGGGUGGUUGUGGGUUAAGGGGUGACGCCUCCGCCUCCCUUUUGGAUUGUCAUGAAAUGGCCUCCUUGGAAGGCUUUACACCCACACUGACAUUGAAUUUGAUAGAGCUUUUGUUGCUGCGCAUUGUGUGUACAGGAUAGCAAAGGGAAGGGUGUUGAUGAUCUGGGCAGAUGUAGUAGCAGCUGUUGCCCCCUCGCGCGCCCUCCCCUUUCACAUUCUGCUGGAUGCACAAACUUUUAUUGUUGCUGCAAGCUAUUCCCAAGAAGCUGCCCAAGUGCCUCUCGAGCCAAUCCUGCUCUCGCACUGUGUGUUCUAUAGCCCUGGCAUGGCACCCUUGUUUCCGACCCAAAGGAGCUAAGUCUGUGGCUGGCUUCGAAGUUGCAGAUCCCUGACUGUGAAACUGGGAACGCGUCUUGGAGCCAUGCUAGGGAGUGCACAGCUCAGCAACUGGGCCAGCCAGUUCCCAUGCUUCUGGGGAGUUGCAGUGGCUCAGUCUGCUUUGAAAUUCUCUCUCCCCACCCCCACCCCCCCACCAAGCCGGCUUUUCCCCCAUUUGUGCGCUUGGGAAUAUACUGUGAUGCAAACGAGAGAUAAGAUGAUUUAAUUGGGUGUCGUGCAGCGACUUGCUUGCCCUAUGAAACGUGCAGCAGUAUGCCAGGGAUGAGAUAAUUGCAGCGAAAGGUAAAUAGAACGUGGGGCUAUUAUUCAGCCUGGGUUUCACUCUCCCAUGAAGCCACCUGACUGGUUUGGGGAAGCCGGCCUUGCUUAUUAGAACGCUCCCGGCCAGCUGGUGCUCCAGUGCGUGGGAAUGUGCGGCUCGUCCAACGCAGGAGGCCGGGGAUGCUGUGGAUUGUGGGUGCCCGGGAAUAUGAAUCCCCUCCUCCCCUCCCCGCCAGCUUGCUGCUUGGCUGGACAUAGACAGGGCAUUGUUCUUGGUUGAGCAACUCCACCGCAGUGCUGCCGAAGCCCUGGCGGUCUUGCGCCAGACAAGGGCUCCGAGCUGCUGCUUUGAGCCACACGGGAACAUUUCUAAUGGCUCUAGAGAAUUCAAAAUGGUGCGAAAGGCACUGGGACCCCUGUCCUUAAGCUUUCCCAAAACAGCAUCUGAAGGGCCUCAAAGAGUAGGAGGUUCAGGGUGAAGGGCCAACUCUGGUUGAGUGUUCUGAGUUUGAAUUGGCAGGAUGCAGUCUUUUUUCUUCCUUUCUUUUUAGGUGUGGGCUGUAUCAGAUGAGGGUCAUGCAAGGGUUGGGACUCCUGCCUAGUAGGACAGGCCCUGUGUGAGAGACAAAGCAGGCCGCUUUCUACUACAGUAUGCAUAUGAACCUUAGGGCUAGAAACUUAGGCCUUGUCCAUAGCAGUGUCUGCAAGCCAGACAUUUUGUCUCUUCCAAAGCUGUUCCUUCUUUUCUGCUUGGCUCCGCUGAUAACAAUGUGAUGAUCUGCAGGAAAGUGCCUCACUUGAUGAAGCCCUCAUCCAAGGGCUGCUUCACAUGAUCGGGCACACAUGAGGUUUUUCCACCGUGAUUUGGCCUUGGCUUCCCAGAAAAUGUAUGCAACAUGCCAUGACAUGAAAGAUCUGCAUGUGUGAUCAUUGUACAUGUGUUUUGUCUUUGUUCUUUACGCAUCUGAAUUUUGUAACAUAUGCAGCGUUCUUAACUGGCAUAGCCUUUCCCUUCCAAAACGGGUGCAAUCCAUUGCCUAAAACUGAACAUUACUAAAUUUCAAAUGGAAAUUUGUGGUUUGAUUUGGCAGGAGCAGGGACUCAAAUGUGAGCAUUUAAAUACGUGCUAAGCUUUGCCAAAAACACAAGCGCCAAGUUAUGCCGUUAAUUAAUGUACUUCAAUACAAAAUUGAACCUGGAGAUUGGUGGAAUUGAUUAUUUGAAUCCAGUUUGCACAUGCUCCUAUCCCAUCCUCUGGAAUUGGGAAGGAUAUCUUCCCUGCCUACACAGUUUUCCAGAUCUGAUAGUAACACAGCUUUGUCAUUAAUGGCACCCUCUGUGUGUAUCUGAAAUCUUUCCUCUCCUUUUUUUUUAAGCUUGUGGGGAUGGUGAGACUGCAAAAGUUCAAAUCUGGGUGUGUGUGUUUUUGUCAAUUCUAGAAAGAAUAAAUGUAAUCAUCCAGAGGUCUUUCCCUUGGGGCUUUUAGUUGGUGUUUUCCAUUUUGCAACAGGUUUCCUUGCCUUCAGUUGUGUCUGUGUAAGGGAGUAUCCUAAGUCUUGAUGGUACCGAGCCCAUGUCUGACUCUGCAGUAUCUAAUCCUGCUGCCUUUCUUUGUGUUUCUUGUGUGGACACAGUGAGGAAUCUCUCCCCUCACCCUCCCACCCCCUUUGUAGAUUCUGUGAGCUGAAGCUGUCUGUGCACAGAGUUGUUGAGACACAGCAGCUGCCUCCCUGCUGCAGCCCCUCCAGAUGCAAUAGCAGGGCCAGCCGGCUGGCCAUUCAACUCCCUGCCCCUUUAUUCUGCCCACAUUGCUAGCCAGCUAACAAAGGCAGCUGGAGAGAGCCUGGGAGCCCCUCCACACAGCCUUGCAGCACUCAGUCACUUUUGGGGGGCCAGAUUCCUCGCUAACAGGUAGCCACACUUCCUUUUUAUUAGCCUCAGCGGAAUGUGCGUGGGUUGAAAGCAGCAUCCGAGUCCCAUUAUAUGCAUGGAUCCUGGUUCACCACGCUUCUGUGCAGAAUGUAUUCAAAAGCACAGGUAACCAGUCUAAGCAAAUCAGGAUUGGGUUGCCUGUUGUGGACCUCCCAGAUGCUUGCUUAACCACACCUGCAUUCAGUUUGGGUUGAUAAAAGUCAGAAUGGAUAGGAAAUAAGUGCAAAUGUUGAUCACAUGGUUUGGACUGAGAGCAAUGGUAAAGUUUUACCCUUUUCAUUGUUUUGGAGAACCUGGAGGAGGAUGGUGAGGGAGAGGGGCAUAUUGUUGCUCCUGCCAUUUGGACGUGGCUGUGACUCAACCUUCCCCUUUUAAAAGCCAGAAUUGUGCUUAGGCUAUGCAGUGGUAACUUUUUUGCAGCAAAGGGCCCAAUUCCUCUCAUUUCUGUUCUCUGCUGUCCCCAGGUACAUAGAAGAGCCGUAGCACAGUGGUAUAGCAUCUGCUUUACAUGCAGAAGGUCCCUGGUUCAAUCCCCAGCAUGUCUAGGUAGGGCUGGAAAUGCCAUCCAUGGUGAGCCUCUGCCAGCCAGCAUAGACAGUACUGAGCUAGAUGGGCAGCUUCCUAUGGUCCAGCCUAGCAGUCAGGCUUAGUAUAUUUUGUCCAAGCAGAAGGCUUGGUAUUGAGUGCAGAACUCUGCCUCCUGUGAAUCUUGGUGCUCAUUCUUUAAAGCAAGCUCCUAGCUUCUAUGUCUGCUGCAGUGAUGAGUAGGGCUCAGCAACGCCUGGGAACACUUCAGUAACCCGGGAGAGGCUGAGCAGGGCUUCCAUUGCUCAGGAAAUAGGACUUUCGUGCCCCGCAUAGUUGUUUCUCCCUCCCUGUGACUAAGAAUAAAUUAUGCAAGAUAGGCAACUCACGCAAAUUUUCUCAUUUUGCAUAAUUUAUCCCGGUCAUGAUUUUCAGCUUUUCUUGGCUCAGAAUUUUGUAUACCUUGGCACAGAAUUUUCUUUCUUUCUUUUUUUGUUAGUAACGAGACCUGUUUAUAUGUGCCUGCCAAUAGGGGCCUGGAAUCAGUCAACCACACCCUACAUGGUAACCAAGAUAUGUGGGUGGUACCCAAGGCAUGGGCUGUCAGCAUGUUAAAAGAAGAUGGGGAAUUGCAGGAGGUUUUUCUCUGGGACUCUUUCUUUGUCUCUGGUGUUUUGUAGGUUUUGAUUCCUUUGAAAAAGGCAAGCAGUGCUUGUAACAUGCAUGCUUAUUGCUGUGAGGUAGGAGUAGUUUUCAAACUUUCAGAAUUUAGCACAGACUUUCUCCAUUUACUUAUAUCCUGAGGAUAUGGAUAUGGAAUGCCUGAACACUAUAUAAAGCAUAGUGUGCAUGUUCUCUUCAUGUGGGGGCAUUGGCUAAGUCUGUUAAGCCUUACCAUCAACCUACAUCAAUAAAGAAUAUACCUCAGGGUGCACUAAGUACUCCCAGUGGCCAAGAAGUUUGGUGGAUAGCAGUGGGCAAGGUGUCAAAGCUUCUCUGCCAUUUUGGAUCGCUGAGAAACCCCAAGAGUUCCCCAGGUUUGAGUUUUCUGAGCUAGCCAUUCACAUUGGCACUGACUCCUAGAAUGAGGAGCAACUGUGGUACAUUCGGGGUUCUAACUUCCAUGGAAGCCCAGGAGGUCUGCAUGCAUAGACUUUCCUGCCAUAGAGACACCCAUGUUCAAUGUUUGGCAUCAAGGGGUAGGGAGCAGUGGGUCCACACCACUGGCUCUCUCUCCCCUCCUUUAAUCACAUGGAGAUCGUUCAAGCAGUUAAUGUGAGAAGCGGGAUUGGAUCUCCCAUUCUGUAUCGCAUGCAACGCUCCCUUUGGUGGCUUGAAAUGGGUUCUUCGAAUAGCUAUCCAUGUCAAACAGAGGUCAUAGCAAGGCAAAAUUUUCUUCCUAAAGGAAGUGUUAGAAAUGCUUCAAACUCCAAGAAUGAAUUUGCAGGCAGACUUCCAAGUUGGAGCCUCUUUGAGUGGUGAUAUUUUGCUCCAGAAGAAGAUGUAUAUAAUGCCCUAUGUGUUGACAGAACGUGUGGCUGAAUCGCUAGAGUCUGGUCCUCCCUGACUUCACCCGUAUCUAGAGCUUGGAACAGAACUUGGGAAUCCUGGCCUCCAGGGCCUUUGCUCACACUCAGGAAGGGCCAAGUAGAGAGGUGCAAGCCAGAUUCAGCUGUCAGCUUCAGCUGAUCUGAGGACCCUUUAUCAAAUUUUAAUAGAGACGUGGUAGCCAACUGUGCUCGCACUUCUGAAAGGAAAAUGAAGCAAUGGAAUUCCAUGUGUAUUUAAUAUGGUAAUACAUCUUCUUGGAUUGAUAGUUGGAAAAUUUUCCACUGCUUUUCCUUUUCCCUGAAGAAAAUUUUACGUUGUUUUAAGUUCAUUAGUAACUGAAUGGAUCCUAAUUGCAAAUAACUAUCAGGCAAACUUGGCAAUUUCAAAGUUUUAGCUUUGCUUACUAAAUACAAGUGAAAUAAACAUGUCAAAGUAGAUCACUCUUAUAGGGCAGGGAUGGCGAGCCUGUGGCUCUCUAGAUGUUGUUGGACUCCAAGUCCCAUGAGCCCCAGCCAGCAUAGUCAUGACCUGGGAUGAUGGAUGUUUCAGACCAGCAGUGUUUGGACGGCCACAAGUUCCCCAUCCCUGCUGUAGGGCAUCAGAAAGUUUUCUGAUGCAAAUUAUUGUAUCCAAAUGACACUAAUUUGGAAAAUUGUCCUAUUAAUAAUUUCCCAGGAAACAUACCUCACUGCUGGGAAGAAUUAGUGUCUUUCCAGGGACAUUUGUCCCACAGCAUCCUUUCCUCCCAUUGGUGACCUCAUACUAUUGAAAUGCAUGUGCUCCAUCUCUGUGUUCCUUAUACUGCAAACUUUAUUACACAGCCUGACUAUCCUUAAGUCAGAUUCUUUCAGCCCCAGCUAGUGUCAACAUAUCUGACCUGGUUUUAAGCCAAAGGCCUCCUGGGAAAUACAGGUUUUAAAAGUGGGAAUUUCCAUUGGAGGAAGGGUUGUUUUGCACCCUUGGACUGCCAAGCCCUGGGAGGAUAUAUUUCUUAAGACAUUUCAAGGGCAUCCUGAUCUGUGAAGGGAUGAACUUGGCAAGCCUGAUGUCAAGGUCAUAGUAGAAUAAACUAUGAUGUGUUGUCAGGGGUAGGCCAGAAUUCAAAAGACCUGCUCUGUAAUUGAUACAGUAUUGUGGUUUUGAUUGUAUAUUAUGGCGUAGCUAAUGUGGUGGGAUAAAAACCCUAGUCUACCUCCCUUAUCAAGGACAUGAUACUGGUCUUCAUGGUAUAAUUUGAGUCUUUUGUGGGGAGUGGAGAAUCUUGCCAUACAACUGUCAUCUCAUUCUUGCCUCUGCCUUGAAGAAACAACUUAUGAUGGUCUUGCAGAAUGAGAAGUCAGUAGGUAAACUGUUACAGCUCUUUGGGUCGGUUACAUUUGCAAGUUUAACACCACAGGGAUUUCCUGACUGCUUCCUGCAUGUCUUGCAGUGAACACUGUAUUAUCCAUCUGAAAGUACAGUAGUACCUUGGAAGUCGAAUGGAAUCUGUUCUGGAAGUCAGUUCAACUUCCAAAAUGUUGGGAAACCAAGGCAUGGCUUCUGAUUGGCUGCAGGAAGCUUCUGCAACCAAUUGGAAGCCGCAUUGGACGUUCGGGUUCCAAAGAACGUUUGCAAACCGAAACACUCACUUCCGGGUUUGUGGCGUUCAGGAGACAAAAUGUUUGACUCGCAAGGCAUUCGGGAUCCAAGGUACUAUUGUACAUGGAAUACAGAAUGGACAGAACCCAAGGAGUUCCAGUUGGUUAAUCUUCAUGUGUCUUCCAAGGCAUGUGAGUCUCCCUCAGGCAUUUGCUGUGUGCACUUAUGGUGGAGAUCUAGGAACAAUGUCUGCCCUGCAAAGCACAAAAUGUUCCCCAAAUAAAGUGUGGUGGCUUGACACUUGUGCAAAAAGGGGUUUAUGAGCUGUGAGUCAGUAGUGCAUUCAUUCCCAAGACGCUGGGCUCCUGUGAAAUGCCCAAAGAUCAAGCUCCAUGCUAAUAACUUUGCUGCACAAACUGCAUGCACAGGGAACUACAGAGGCCUAUGUUUUUAAACAGAAAGGUCCAGAGUAGACAAUUGUGAAAGAACAACAGAUCUUGCAGUCGUCAAGGGUUACUGCUUUUUUGCUUUACAAAGAUUAAACAUGGGUACUAGUCCUAGCAAUCAGAUCAUGGUUAGCAUGCUAUACUAGUUAUGAUGAAACCAUCAUUGCAAAUAUACAGUAUAUCUAGGCAUGCGGUGCAAUGAAAAAUCCAUGGUUUCAGAGUGUAGCUAAUGUUGCUUUUCUUGAUUAACAAAUCAAGAAAUCUGGAGAGAAAUGAUGCUGUUGUUGAGGAAACAGAGGUCACUGAGACAGAGAAGCAUUUACUUCUCCAAAUUCUUUUAAAAGUGUCUUAAAUGCUUGAAACUUUAAGGGUGUCUUUACAAGAUAAAUUCUCUGGGUUUUUUCUUUCUUUCUUACAAGAUUCAGUGAGACCAGAUUAUCAGGCCUCAAAUAUUUAUUUUAUUAAAUUUAUAUCCUGCCCUUACUCCCAAAGGAGCUCAGAGUAGCAAACAUAGCACCUGACAUCUUGGGUGAGGUGUGCUGUCCUUCAUAAGAUUUGUUAUGGACACAGCUGUGUGAGUUUGGGAAAGAAAAAAUAUUGCUAGCUAUCACAGUCCAAAUUCUGUGCUGAAUCUUGCAAGCUGCAUAAAUUAUAUAAAUCAAGCAAGUUUGUUUAGUUUGCCUAACUUUUGUGUUAGCUUGUAGAGAAGGGCAAGGAACUAAUGCAAGGCACUGAAGCCUUAACCCCUUACUGCUGGAAAAUCUAGGCUCCCCACUGCCCUCCUCCUGGGCAUAAUACGUGGUGUUUAGAAAAUGAUUCUUGGUUGGUGGUUUUCUACAAACAAGACUGAAUUCUUAACUUGUUUGAUUGUUUACAUAGACUUGUUGAUUGACAGAGCCGUAAAUAUUGGCCUGAGAUGACCCUUGGGCACAUAACCCUUACAAUCAAUCUCUCUUUCUCUCUCUCUCUUUUUCUCUCAAUGUUGCUUGCAUGUUUAGUGCUGCUUGUCAUUUAAGGAAGGGAUGGUUGGGGUGGAGGUGAGAAGCCAGGACUCCUGGCAUCUGGCUGAGCCCUGCAAAGAGCAUGAGGAUUAAGCAGUCAAAGCAGUGGGAGCCAGAGCACCUCAAUUGUAGUCUUUGGCUUUUCACUGCCUUGAAGGGUGACCUCUGCCACUUCUUAUUCCCAGUGGUUCUUUAAAGAGCAUGAAACCUAUUUGCCUUCUAACUUGUUUCUGGACGGUUUGAUGCAAAGCUAGAGCCUUGGAGAGCUAAUUUCCUGGGCUUUGGGGGAGGCUAAUGUUGAUUUGAGCAAAGAAAGUUCUUUGGGUUGCUUGUGUUCCCUCUCUUUGGAAGGUGGAAAAUCAAGGCUCUUGUGAGUUCAUCUUCUGCCUUGCCGUGUUUUGGGAGGGGGUGGCCAACAGGACUAAGAAUAUUUUCUCUUUGCCACUGUGGGCCAUGUUGCGAUUCCAUCCCAUCCCAUGUUAUAUAUGAGAGGGAAGUGUGAUCACUGAUUCCCUUUGUUUGCCACACAUUUUAGGCAGUCUGGUUUCAGACUGGCUUGCUUCUGUGUAGGUUUAGGUCUGGCCUUUCCUUUGGAGAUAAGGUUCCAUGCAAGAGCUGAGAAUUGUGUUUAUGGCUGCAGGGCCCUCUACAUUUGGGUGCCCAUGUCUGAAAAGCGUACACGUGUUGGAAUGUUGGUUGUAGAGUUGGAGGUGUGGGGAGUGCAUUCCACUGGCUCAAACUUGGCUGUGUGCUCUGGAAAGGACGAAAGGGUAGGAAAUUGUGGGUUUGUGUUGUGUCAGGAAUGCUUCCCGCUGAGAUACUUAGCUAUGCAUAUUAUACUUCCUGUGAGAUUGUGUACAUAUUCACGUAUGCAGUGUUACAUGUGCUUAAGCUGGUUUGAAAGCAUUCAGGCACAGGGUGUGUUUAUGCUGUCUUUGUGAGCUCCUGGCAUUGUGUGCAUGUGUGUGUGUGUGUGUGUGUGUGUGUGUACACAUGCAACUGUGCUGGGAAUACUUUUCAUUAUUGUGCUUGCUAGCUGUGUUUGAGACGGUUGCCCCAUAUUGUUCACCUGUAAGAGUGUGUGUAUGUGUAAAAGAAACUCACUGACUACAUAUCUGUUUAGGUUUCGGUGAGCAGAGUGUCUGCACCUAUCUGUAUGCAGCCUUUGCUAGUUACACGGUGUUCAAGUUGUGGGGAGGGUGAAAUCCAUAGUGGCGUAGGUUCAUUUUGGGUGCGGGGGAAUUUAAUAUGGUCUGCAUAAAGGGCGGUUGCUGAGAGCACAUUUUGCUGCAGUGCUGCUGCUGGCUCUGCAUGCCGACAGAGUGAGGGGCGGCAGUGGAGGGGGGAGAGGCAUUGUCUGGGACUGAUCUGUGUGCUGGGCACGCACUCUGUUACAAGUGGGUCUCUAGGAAAUGGCUGAGAGUGAGUGUAUUGCCUGGGCCCCAGCUCCUUCCAUCUUCUCUCUGCUCUCGAGAGGGGAGGGGUCUCAGCCAGCAUCCCUUUGCUGCUCGGCUGCAUCUCCCUCCUUCAGUAGGCCCAGAGCACUUGUAGUGUCUCUUGAGCCUGAAAAGGGGUUCCUUUGGGAAUGGAUGUGUCUCUAAUUUUGUUCCUUUCAGAGGGCACUCAAACACCCCUCUCAGGGCUGGCAGAGAUGGGUGCCUGUGGUUCUUUCCCCUAGCCUGGGCCCCAUCAGGGGACGUGCUUUGCUUGGCUUAGCUUGGGCAUUUACUAAAUGGCUCCUCCUACCCACUCACGAUGGCACAUAGGAGGGCGAGGAAGACUGCGGGAUCCCCAUUUUUCUGUGCCAGUUUUGUUAGGCCCUUGUCCUUCCACUUUGAGUUUUGCAGGGGUUUCUUAAAAAUACCAGCCUCCCCAUACACAGGGCUCUCUAUACAGAUCUGUGGAGGUUGAAUCUCACUUUCAGCUAGCUCUCUCGGUGGCAGUUGUCAGAGGUCACCAAGUACUUGUGGAAUCUCCAUAACUCCAAUGACUCGCCAUGAUCUGAGACUGCUGGGUUGUUUAGUGAUUCUAGUUUGUUAGCUGCAGUCCUCAGAUGAUCUCUGUCUUCUCUAGAAUGCCCAGUCCCCCAGAAACUGCUGUCUUUCCCUUCCUGGUUGCUUGGGGAUUCCAGAUGCAUCCCUGUGCUUGCCCCUCUCUUUGCUAGAUUGUGGGAAACCAAUGUAAGGGAGAAAUCUCUGAAGAGGAGCCGUUUUUUCUUGCCAUUUUGCAGAUUGUCUCUCUUCCCUACGACUUUCGAUGGUAUUCUGCAUACUUUUUGACCUUUGCCAAUGAAGCCGGUCUCUAGUUACUGGGCAGUGUAGAGGCUGAGGUUGCACUAACUGAGCCAGCUAAGCCUACUUGUGGCUUGUGAGAAAUUCUGUCUACUCCCUUCGUUUGAAGCAUUUCUGCCUUAUUCCUGUUUUGUGUUGUCUGACGUGACCCCUUGAAGAUGCAUCUGCAGACCUUCAAUUAUUAUUUCCAUCUCUCUGUGUGUUCAGAAGCCUAACAAUAAUAGCAUAUAUGAAUUGUUCCAUGGAUGAUAAUUUUAGCAAGAAAAAUCUGUUGUGGGACUGUGGGCAGUGCUUGGGAUGGGAAGAAUCUGCUCUCAGUUGCCAUUAUCAUCUUGUUUAAGUGAAAAGGUUUUCUGUGGGGGGGGGGGAGAGGAGAGAGAGAGAGAGAGAGAGGGGCCCAGUGGCAAAGUUCUGCUUAGAAAAAGUCCCAGGCUCCAUUCUAAUAUUUCCACACAAGGGCUGAGAUUGAUUCUUGUCUGAACCCCUAGAGAGAUGCUGCCAGUUGUGUAGACCAGGGGUGCAGUGUUUCAGUGGCGUAGCGUGGGUUGUCAGCACCCGGGGCAAGGCAAGUAAUUUGCGCCCCCUAACCCGUGGAUUUGCGCCCCCUAACCCCCAGAUGUUGUGCCCGGUGCGGCCGGCCCCCCCUGCACCCCCACGCUAUGCCACUGCAGUGUUUAAAAUAAGCCAGGCGCCAGGCACGUUUUGCUACUGACACAGGUCCACUUGCAACAGCGUGGAGAUUUCUGGGCACCAGGUUGGCAAUCACAGUUGAAAAAUCUCUGCCUUACUCCAUAGUUAGUACCAUUUCCCUUUCCACUGUGUAUGUUUCUUCUUGCAUACUGGGACAAGUGAAUUGUUGUAAGAGCAAGCUACAGUCAAGCAAUGUAGUUGAGAUAAUAGAAUCAUAGAACUGUGGCAUUGGAAGGGAUUCUGGGGGUCAUCCCCUGGCAGAUAGACAUUCUGUUGUGGCGACCACAACCUAGAUUCAAGAUGUCAUUUGGUGCCUAGUUUUAUAUACCUGAGUUUCUAACAGUGCACAUGUGGCCCUCCAGAUGUUGCUGGGCUCCAACUCCCAUAAUUCCUGAUCGCUGGCCAUUGUGGCUGCAUCAUGGGAGUUGGGAGUCCAGCAGUAUUAGUCUAUCCUUCCAGGUGUGGAUAGUAGGGAGCUAUAUAAACCUAUAGUCUGACUUCGUAUAAGUCAGCUUUGUAUGAUCAAAACACUGCUUUGGGGGUGCAAUGGAGAUUGUAAAAGCAAAAUACACAAGUUCAGUCCAUAUCCUUUAUCCUGGGGCAAGAGCUAAGCAUGACUAUAAAACAUAAGAGGUGCUUUUUGAGCUCAUGGCAUGAUGGUAAUGGUUGUUUCCUUGUUGUUGUUUUCCUUGCACCAGGUUGAGUGUACAUGGGAGCUUUUGUUGAGCUGUUGUGACCAGUAACUUUUGCUAGAUCUGUUCUUCACAGCCUGGGCAUUGCUUUGUUGUUUCUACAGCUGUGCAAUGGCAUGCUCUAACCAAGUUCUUUCUCUUUUUCUACAGCCAUACAGUGCUUGGAUGGUGACAAGCCCUGUGAGAAUGGUGGGAGCUGUGUUGUUUACUCCAACGGGAUAGCUGCCUGCAUGUAAGUGACACCCUUGCACAACUUUGCCCAUGGGUUCAACAACAGCCUGUGCGUCAAACCAUCUUGGGGGUUUGUAGGGUUGGGCCACUGCCUUCAAAGGGCAGACCAGUAGUGUAAUUUGGGAGCUGUAUAGUUGUCAUUGUGAAAAAUUGCUGCUUGGCUUGAAGUGGGAGAGCAGCGAGCUCUGUUGACAGGAUGCAGGAUAGUUUAGGAAAUAUGGGGCCUGGAAAUGCUUCAAAAGUUACAACAUGACAUGCAUCCUUCUCAGUGGCUUUGCAUUAGGCCUGUAGGAACUAAUGACUGGUGCAGAUUGGCUUCCAAUGCAUACUUUGACUCUUCUUCAGCUGGGAUUCUGUUUGCCAUGGGACACUGGAAUAAUUUGGUCUCAACGUCCAUUUAGAGACACCCACUUGACGGAGUGGAUAACAUAUUGGACUUAAUUUAAGGAAACUUGAGUUUGAAUUCCUGCUAACCAGUGAAGCACUAAAGACAGGAGAUCUUGGACCAGUUCUUAUUUAUCUACCUAAACUACCUCAUAGGGGUGGUGUUUUGUUUUGUUAAGAUAAAAUAUGAUACCCCCCCGCCCGCCCCCAAUGUAAGGCACCCUAAGUUCCUGGGAAGAAGAGUGGAAUAUAAAUGUGGUAAACAAACAUCUUACAAGGAGGAAAGAAGGGAAGGGAAGAAGAACAGGUUUUCUGGUUACCGCAACAAUUAUAUUAAUAUGAAUCUACAAAGGAGCUAAGGGCCCAAACAGAUGAUAUGACGAAGAUCUGGAUCUGAAUUGAGCAGCUGCAAUGCGUGUGUGUAUUUAGGGCAGUGUUAGGAAACCUCUGACCCGCCAAAUGUUGUUAUUGGACUCCAGGUCCCAUCAGUCCCCAGCAAUGUGGCUGGUGGCCAGGGAUGAUGGGAGUUGUGGUCAAACAACUUCUGCAGGACCACAGGUUCCCUGUCCUGGUCUUUGAUUUAACACUUCCCCUCCAUUUUUGAAUCUCAAUUCCUGUUCAUGUAGUUGCUAUUAAUCCCGCAGCAGAAAACAUACACAUGAUGGUGGGAUGGCUCAAGGUGUUAAAGGAAGACCCCUUUGAUCAAAUUUGGAACACCUCACAGAAAUGUUUUUAGGUUGAAAUCAUACCGUAUUUUUCGCCCUAUAGGACGCAAUUUUUCCCCUCCAAAAAUGAAGGGGAAAUCUGGGUGCGUCCUAUGGAACGAAUGCAGGCUUUCGCUGAAGCUUGGAGAGCGAGAGGGGUCGGUGCGCACCGACCCCUCUCGCUCUCCAGGCUUCAGGAAGACAUCCGCAGCCUAGGCAGCCCUGCGGGAGGUCCCGCAGGGAUGUCUAGGCUGCGGAUAGCAGCCUGCUUCCCGGAGCGCCGGGCGCCCUGAAAGCAGAGCGCCCGGCGCUUCGGGAACACAUCCGCAGCGUGGGAGCCCUGCAGGAGUUCCCGCAGGGCUCCCACGCUGCGGAUAUCAGCCUGCUGCCCGGCGGGCGGGGCACCCUGAAGCAGAGCGCCCGCGCGCUGGGCAGACAUCCGCAGUGUGGGAGCCCUGCAGGAGUUCCCCACAGGGCUCCCAUGCUGCGGAUAGCAGCCUGCUGCCCGGCGGGCGGGGCGCCCUGAAGCAGAGCGCCCCUCGCGCCGGGCAGACAUCGGCCAGCCCCACAAGCUCGGGGGACAGCAGGGAGGCGCAGCGCCGCCAUCCCGCUGUUCCUCGACCUUGUUCGGUUUCCCCGACCUGCUUUUGGGGGGGGGGGGGAAAUAAAGGGGAAAAUUUUUUCCUUUAUUUCCCCCCAAAAAAACUAGGUGCGUCCUAUGGGACGGAGCGUCCUAUGGGACAAAAAAUACGGUAAUUUAUGAAGCCUUGAUCACAAAUCUUCCAUUGUCUCAUUUCUUUUGACCCUAAAAUACGAUAAUUUAUCAUGGAAAAGGAGGACAAUAUCUCAGAUAAAGGGAGGAUAGAUUACAUUAUGGGCCUUAGCCAUUUUGAAUAUAAUCACAUGGGCUCUUAUAAAGGAAGAAAGGUAUAAAGUGAACAAAUUUGAAUAGGAAUGGGAACUCUUUAAGAAGUUUUGGAAUGCUAAACAAAGUAUGGUAUGCGGUAAUCCUUUCUAUUGGAAUUUAAGACAAUACUUCAGAUAUGCGACUCUCAAGCAUUUUUUAAUUUAAAAAUUUAUAGUUGUAAUGUCUUUAUGUUUUAAUACGUAAUCUAAUAAACUAAAACUUGUGAAUUGCUAAAAUGUUUUGCAGGUGUUAGGGUUUUAUUUUUGAUGUUUUGAUAUGAUCUUACAACAUAAUCCUAUACAUGCCUAUUUGGAAGUAAGCCUUAAUAAUAUAUGCUCGGAGAAAUAUUUUAUCAGAUUAAAAGAUUUCUACAUUAUAAAUACAGUGGUACCUCGGGUUACAGACGCUUCAGGUUACGCGAUUUCGGGUUGUGCACUGCGCUGAACCCGGAAAUACCGGAAUGGGUUACUUCCGGGUUACGGCGCUUACGCAAGAGCAGAAGCGCUAAAUCACGCUUUGCGCAUGUGCAGAAGACCAAAUCACAACCCGUGCACGCGCAGAUGCGGCACUGCGGGUUGCAAAUGGUGCUGGUUGCGAACGUGCCUCCCGCACGGAUCAUGUUCGCAACCCGAGGUUCCACUGUACAUCUUAAUGGUGUUUUAUAAGUGUUUAUAGUGUUUAAAUUUUUAAUAUAUGUGACAAUUCUUUGUGUUUGUUUUAUGUCCUGAGAAUUAAUUGCCUUAAUGGAAUUUAGAAUUUUUGAAGUGUCAUAACGUCUCUAUAUUUCUGUUUCAUGAAUUAAAUUUAUUAGACUAAAUAUGUAUUUCUAAUCUCCAUAGUAUGUAAAAAUUAUGAUAAAGCUUGGUUUAUUUUUUAAAAAAGAUCAUUUAUCAGACAAAGAAUGUCUCUUGCUGGAACGUUGUAAUGGGGAUCUGUCAGUACAGAUGCCUGUUGUUUUUAUAGGUUUGAAAGCUGCUGCUAGACUGUCCUCCUCUUCUUUUGAUCUUGAGCUUGUGUUUUAACAGGCGCCCUGCUGAAGGGUGGGAGAGUACCCUAGCUCCUAAGGGCAUCGCUGAUGCUGCCGGUAGUGUCCAGGGCUGAUUUUAUAUUGCCGUGUAAUGCAGUUGCUUUUCUGUAAUAGGGGUUCCAUACUGUGGUGUUAAAACUUGAAAGGGGGAGACCAAGGAUGUGUGGAUACAUAAUCAUUGGGAUUUAAGUGUAGUUCUUUGUUGUGUUAGCCAAGCCACGUGGUCCUGGUGGUUUCCUGGCAAUGGAUGGUCCAGAUGUACAGACCUGGAUUUAGCCGGGCCAGGGAUGCUUACUCGCCCUCCUUCCUUUAGUUGCUUCUCGUAGUGGCAGGUGUUUGAGCAAAUUCUGUGAGCUCCUAGCUUAGUAUGGUGUUGCCUGUGUUGGAAUCCAGGACAGGUGGAUCUGCCUGCAGCUGGCACGCCCAGAACAGGUGAAUCACUGGGAGGCUCGAAGCCCGGCCUGGAUCCCUGGAUGGGAUGAUAGGACAAGAAAAUACUACCAGUCACCUGUAAGUCCUGUUCAGAACGCAGCUGUCCCACCAAGGAGAUUGGGCACUUAACCAAGCCUGGGGGGUGGGGGGGUUUGGAAUUGUGGGGAAGUCUAAGGAAAGCUGGAUAUGUUCCUCUGGGGGCUCAGGAGAGAGGAAGAAAAAGGAAGGUUGCUCUUGGCAUCAUGGUCUGAAACCUGUCGGACAGGUUGGGUGGGGAGGCCUGGGAGUGCCCAGUGCUGAAGGGAAAACACUCCUCCUCCUCCUCCUCCUCCCCUCCUCCUCUCCCCCUCCCCCACUAAACACCUGCAGAGAGGCCUCUUAAAGGGGCGGUCACCAUUUGGUUCCUUCGGGCCUGGCAAUGCCAAAUUGGAGGAGGUGGACAAUGGGUGGUUCUCAGGUUAGUUUUGCCUCUCUCUUUAAUCCACCCCCCUCCUCAAAUCUUGAAGAAGGUGGGGCUUGGAUUAGGGCUGCCAGAGACACUUCACAUGAAUGUGAAAACAGGCUUUCUUAGGAGAUGGCAGGUGCAGCUACUAAGAAGAGCAGUGGAAGGAAACGGGAUGUUUCUGGAGCUGGGAAUGGGGAAGCCAAGGCGGCUGGGGUGGUCUAGAAUGGAAAUGGGAUCAGAAGGGGACCUGGUGAGAGAAAUCGGGCAGCUGGGGCACUGAAAUGAAAUCCGUAUCACUGUUUUUAAUGCUGAGGUUAAUAGUCACCACAGAUUCCUGGUUUUCAUUUUUAAGAGAAAUUAACACUAAAAUGUAAGGGCCACUGGAGGAGGUUCUGUACUGGGUACAGCUUCUGUUUGCCUUUACUGCUUGUUCAUGUGUCCCUUUUCCCUCACAUCUGUUUCAUAACUCAGAGGUUCUCAAACUUUUUUUUGCAGAGAAUUUGAACAUUGAUGGGGGUCCCCUUUAACUUUUUCAUUUUUUGGGAGGUGGGGAGGGAAUUAGCAGACAGCACCAGCAUAGUAUUACAAAAAUCAGAGGAUCUAGACCAGGGCCUUGUUGGUCUGUUUGAUAAUCUGGUCCUGGACAAAGCGACCACUAGUUCUGCUGUUGGGAAAAAGUAAACCAAGUGCAGGGCCUAGUCUUCUUCUUCUUCCUCCUCCUCCUUUAAGAUUGUCUUCCAUAAACACGGUUUUAACAAUGAGUCUGUAAGUGACUGUGGAGGCCAAUUCUCCUAGUGCAUUGCCUUUCUGUGGGCCACCAGAAUGAACUUAUGUUGACCCCUUUUAAUGUUAAAAUAAGAUCUCCUCACCCCUUGCUUUAUACAUGAAUAAGAAGACACAUCAAAAUAAACACGUGUCUGACACUGCGGUCUCUAGUGCAGCCUUUAGUGUGACAUUAGAAUCCCAGACCAGUUACACAUAUGGCAGAGCUCUUUUAUGUCAGAAAUCUUGCAUCCUUUGGGCAGUUCUUUGCUCUUUAAUCCUGUAGUGUAUACUAUAAAUUCUCUAUACUAUACCAUACAGUGCAGUGUACAGUGGUACCUCGAGUUACAUACGCUUCAGGUUACAGACUCCGCUAACCCAGAAAUAGUACCUCGGGUUAAGAACUUUGCUUCAGGAUGAGUACAGAAAUCGUGCUCCGGCGGCAUGGCAGCAGCAGGACGCCCCAUUAGCUAAAGUGGUGCUUCAGGUUAAGAACAGACCUCCGGAACGAAUUAAGUACUUAACCUGAGGUACCACUGUAUAGCUUGCCAUAAGGUGACAGAUUCCAGAGCAAAUGGAAGCAUAUAGGCAAGUUGCCCCUUGGUAUAUGAUGUUGGAGCCCAAAGAAGGGUUAUGACAGCUGGCAGUACAAAGCAACUCCCAUUAAUUAUCUCAUUUGCAAGUACUGUAAUGCUAAUCCGAACCAUGGCUUGGCAGGAGCAAGCAAAAGGACAGGUCCCCAGAGCAAAGAUUGCAACUACAGUACUCUUCCUUGGACCUGCUGUGUUACCUGGAGUCAAACCAUUGGGUCAAAACCUGGUUUUCUCUCCAUAAAAAGCACAAGCUGAACCCAGUAUUCUUGUUUUACCACAUGGGGAUUACCUAGGGAGGCAGACCACAAGCUCAGUUUCGGAUGUAAUGCUGAGCUAAACCAUGGCUUACUUCUGGGUAGUGUAGGAGCAGCAGGACUAGGGGAGUAGUGCUGUGGCCACAGUCUUUGCAUAUUCACUCUAACCCAUGGUUUGGCUUAGCACUGCGUGCAAAUUGAGCCAGUUAUUUAGAAGCACUGACAGAGGAUGAAUGAGUCCCUUGCGCAUAUUCUUGCUUUUGCCUCCUGUGUAACAUGUAGGGAGGAAAAUGGCUCCUCUCCACCAUGGUGAGAAGUGUGAACUCUACAUGCAUGUGGACCUCACAUGUCUUAAUGCACACAAGGGAGAUAUGCAUCUUCCCAAACAUGAAUGGACACUAAAAAGAGGGUGCACAAGUUGCUUCCUUUGCUAUGUUCUACAAAAGAAGAUCACAUUAUUUUAAUGAUUUAUAGGCUAACCUUCAACAGCAGUAUUCUCAGGGCAGCUUACAGAUAAACAAAAUGGAGUUGCCCCUAGUUUAUUUGCUUGCUCCCAAUUACUUGAGUAGGACGUUUUUGAAAGUACCAUGGUACUAAUGAGUGGUAAUGGGUUUUUUAGUUCCCCAAACAGGAAUUUUGAAUUUGUGACUCCCCAACUCCACAUCCAUACUGAUGGAGCCCCAGCACUGCCUCACAGUUGAUGGGAUAAUGGCUAUAGUGCCAGAACAGCAGUAGUAAUCAAUCCCACUGUUGGAGCACUGUUCUUGAUUCCAAUGCUAUGAGUUUCUACAAGCUGGCCUUAGAAUGGGGAGCAGGAGAAAGGGACACAGCAGUGCCCACCCCGCGCCCUGCAGCUAUUUGAUCUGUUUCUCCAUUGGGGCUCGGACAGUUCCAACCCCCUCCAGUAAGGAGUUGGCACUACUUGCUACUGGUUUUCUUUUUUCCUCUUUGUAAUCCAUUUUAGUUUUGUGGGGGCAAAUUGCCAUUGUAACCCUUGCCAGUAGGGAUUAUGAUUUGGCACUCUCCCUGUGUGUGUAUAUGUAUGCUUGGUUCUUGUUGACUGCUUUGUGAGGGUCCGAGCUGAUUGUCAGCUCCUGGUUUCCCUCUACUUGCAAGAUACAGCACAAGCAUUUUCUCUAGUCCGUGCUUUUAAGCUUUCUGUGGCAGUAAUUGCAAAGGAACUAGAAACUGUUGCUGACCUUGUGCAAGUUGUUGGUUUUCUUCCAGUGAGUGGGGUGGGAACAGUGGUGGGGUUUAUAUUAUUUUUUUGGUUGGAUGGAUGUGUGAAGGGUUCUGCCUGCAGUGCCCCCAAGCAGCCCUCGGUCUUUCAAUUUUGGCACAGGGCUGCAGGCCUGCUACUGCCGCCUGCGCAGCCCUGGGGUAAGGGCUGAGUCAGAGAGUGUUGAGCGACAUGUGCAGACACAGUUGGUGAAUCACAGCCCCAGGGAGAGCUAUAAAAAACCAGCUCUACUCCCCGGAUGUGAGCAGGUAGGGACAUGGUGCCAAGGCUUGGUUCCCUGUGCUGAAAGAAGAGGCUUUCUUCUUUGGGGCACCUAGCCACCCUCAACUGGUAAGUGAGAUUGCCCUUGUACUGGCCUGGGGCAAGAGGGAGUGCUCAGUAAAUAAACAAGGCCCUGCUUGUUGGCGCAGAGCAUAGUUUUGCUGUAGACCUGUUUGUUUCCCUCUGUGCCUUAGGAGGCUGCAAAGACUCUCAAACUGCCCAACUUUUUCACAUUCAAAUCCAGGACACGUGUCUUCCGGGACAUGUUGCUGGGCGAGUCAUGUGACCUGCACCUCGCCCUGAAGAAAGCGCUUUUUCGGGGUGAGAGCACAGUGCGAGAGCAAGUCACCCAAAAUGGCCGCUGAAACCUCGCACUGACAAACAGAAUGUCCCAUUGGGGGGGGGGGGUACUUGGCAAGUGUGGACUCUGUGCAUCAGCAACUAUAGCCCAUUGUCACAAAGGGCGAAACUAAACAAUAAAUUAAAUGCAUAUGUGCCUUUUGAAAAAACAACGUGGGAAUUGGUGGGAAUAUUGUGUGUGUUCUUGACCACUUUUGCUGUGGUCUCAGUGAAAAUUGCCUUCCUAUUAAACUUGCUAUUUAUCCUGGACUACAAGCUGUAAUUGGUGCCAGUGGCACCUUCCUUCCUAAGGGAAAUAGUAACUUCAAGAAGCAAUUUUCACUGGGACUGAAGUCCAAAGGGUAAAGGGUUAAAUCUCCCGCCACUGUUUUAUUUUUAAAGUUAAGUAAACACAAAGCACACUCAUAAUGUAUUGCCUACUUUGGCCCAAAUACACACUUGGCCAAAUAGAUUCAUGUUUGCUCAUUCUGAGAUUUAUAUAACUGACUCACACCUGGUUUGUCUGCCUCUACUUUGGGUCACUCAUCUCUUUUACUAUGAGUGUGGCUUUCCUCUUUCGUGGCAACAGAAUUAUGGCCACAGCUUUUGCCACAAGGUAAGGCCAUUCGUCUUUCAGCACACCUAGGGAGCAGAUGUCUUGCAGUAAUGUGCCUAUAGAGCAAAUAUUUAUUUAUUUCUAAAAUUUAUACCCCUCCCUUCAGUGGCCAGUUGGCAUUCCUGCCUUACAAAACAACUUUGCAAAGCAAAUAGCUAUGGAUGGCUUGAACAAAUGAACCAAACCACAUUUCAAGAGGAAGUCAUAUCUUCCUCCCUUCCAAUCUGGCUUGUGGAUGUGCUUCCCUGGCUUUAUAUACAGUGAUCAGUUGGGGCAGAGGUUUCCUCCCUUUUUAAGUCCAUGGCUCCCUUGACCAACUACAUUCUUUCUGCAGCACCCCUGUGGGGCUCAGGAGCCCAGUUAUGUCACCCCUUGCCUGAAGAUCUGGCAGCCUCUCACCCUUUUUCGAACACCCUCCUUUGUGGAGUGUUCCCUCAGCCUCCUCUCCUCUCCCCUGGGCAGCUGCAGCUGCCGCCCCUGGUCUCUGAGUUGCCCCCCCCCAAGAGAGAUGCCUCAUCAAACUGCCCCACAGGGGCCUGGGAAGCAACCCCUGGCUGGCUACAGAGGCACCAUUCGCCUGAGGAGCUUGUAGCAAGGACUGCUGCAACAAACAGCUGUGCAAGCCUUUGGGAGGCAGAGACGCAAGAGGGCAUCAGGAGGGAGGGAAGGAAAGAGGGACAGAGGCCAGUGUUGCCUGCAGCACCCCUGACUAUUGUUCAAGGCACCCCAGGGUGCCAUGGAACACUUGUUGAAAACCACUGAGUUGGGGGAUUAUUCUCAGAACACUCAGUCUUCCCAAGGGCAAUUUUUCCUCUCUCCAAAGGAAAGACCAACUAUCUUUGGUCUUACAUCUUCCACAGUAGUAAACAUCAUAACCUACAAUCUAGAAACACCGUACCUUCUUUUGAAGACUACAUUCUUAGAAGCUGGAAGAGGGAAGUAUACAGGCCUGCUAAAACCCAGUGAACAAUCCAAUAAAUUGGUUCUGUCGCCUCCUAACCUAUCAGCAUAUGCGUGCAUCUAUGUUCAGUCAGCCUGUAGGUUGUUUGAAAGAUAAGGUCACACUUCAGUACAUUUGGGCUGGAGGCUAAUAGGACACUUAGGAUGGCCUGCUUUGGGGGGCCAGGAUCGACUAUGGUUGAUUUUCUGAGCUCAAUUGAAUAUUGAAGGGAGGGUGGGAACCUUACUUGGGACUUGGUCAUCUCAUGACAUCGGUAUCCAACUGGGUAAGUAAAUACUGUUAAAGCUUAGUGAUGCUGAGUGGAGCAGCUGAACUUGCUUGGAAAACAGGCCCACAGUGGGGAUGGUUUGCUGAAAAGACACAUGUAGUAUUUUGUUUACAACGCUUCCUUGGAUGGGUAUUUGAACCCUCACUGCAUGGAUUUCUUUUUUUUAAAAAAAUAAUAUUUAUUACUUUUCCAACAAUUUAAACACUACAAAAACAAUACAAUACAAUACAAAAACACUACAUAACACUAACACAUUAAACUAACAAAACAAAACAAAAACAGUUAAACACUUCAAACAAUUUCAAUAUCUUAUCUUUCAUUCACUUAUUUCCACGACCUCCUCACACCUCCCUUUUUGUAUUCCACUUCUGUUAAUUGUUUCAGCAAUUCCUUUCCAUCUUCCUCUGUUUUCUAUCCUAUAAUUAUCUUAACACAUUCUAACCUUAUUUUUCCUUAUAAUUCUCUAUUAAUCUAUUUAUACUUAAUUCCUUAUAACAUUUCUACUAAAGCCAUAUAACUUAAUUCCAACAUUUUUCUAACAUUCAUUAAUUUUACAGUAUUUCUGUAAAUAGUCUUUAAACUUUUUCCAGUCUUCUUCCACCGACUCUUCUCCCUGGUCUCGGAUUCUGCCAGUCAUUUCCGCCAAUUCCAUAUAGUCCAUCAACUUCAUCUGCCAUUCUUCCCGGGUGGGUAAAUCUUGUGUCUUCCAAUACUUCGCGAUGAGUAUUCUUGCUGCUGUUGUUGCAUACAUAAAAAAAGUUCUAUCCUUCUUUGGCACCAAUUGGCCGACCAUGCCCAGGAGACAGGCCUCUGGUUUCUUCAGGAAGGUAUAUUUGAAUACCUUUUUCAUUUCGUUAUAAAUCAUCUCUCAGAAUGUCUUAAUCCUUGGGCAUGUCGACCAAAGGUGAAAGAAUGUACCUUCAGUCUCAUUACAUUUCCAACAUUUAUUAUCGGGCAAAUGGUAAAUUUUUGCAAGCUUGACUGGUGUCAUGUACCACCUAUAAAUCAUUUUCAUUAAAUUUUCUCUUAGGGCAUUACAUACCGUGAAUUUCAUACCUGUGGUCCAUAACUGUUCCCAGUCAGCCAUCAUUAUGCUAUGUCCAACAUCUUGUGCCCAUUUAAUCAUAGCUGAUUUCACCAUUUCAUCCUGAGUGUUCCAUUUCAACAGCAAGUUAUACAUUCUUGACAAAUUCUUAAUUUUUGGAUCUAACAAUUCUGUUUCCAAUUUUGAUUUUUCCACCUGGAAACCAACUUUUUUGUCCAAAUUGUAUGCCUCCAUUAUUUGUUAAUAAUGGAGCCAAUCUCUCACUUUAUUUUUCAAUUUUUCAAAGCUCUGCAAUUUUAUUCUGUCUCCAUCUUGAUCCAGAAUUUCCCAAUAUUUCGGCCAUUUGGCCUCCAUAUUGAGUUUUUUCUGUGCCUUCGCUUCCAUUGGUGACAACCAUCUUGGGGUUUUCUUUUCUAACAAAUUCUUAUAUCUUAUCCAGACAUUAAACAAUGCUUUUCUAACAAAAUGAUUUUUAAACGCUUUAUGUGCUUUUACCUUAUCGUACCACAAGUAUGCAUGCCAACCGAAUACAUUAUUGAAACCUAGAUCAAACACGUCAGUGCUUUCAAGAAGCAGCCAUUCUCUCAGCCAGCAAAAAGCAGCUGAUUCAUAAUAAAGUUUAAGGUCUGGCAGGGCAAAUCCACCUCUUUCUUUGGCAUCAGUUAGUAUCUUAAAUUUUAUUCGAGGCUUCUUGCCCUGCCAAACAAAUCUGGAAAUAUCUUUCUGCCACUUCUCCUCACUGCAUGGAUUUCAAUCAGAGUGGUAUUCAAUUUUGCUUAGAGAGACAAGCUUUAGAUUUAUGAUGGAAAGUUAAACUUCGGCGAGCAAGUAAUUUAAUUGCUAAACAACAGACACCAUAACUUGCAUGUUUUGGCUGCUAUUAAAUCUAAACUACUGCUGCUAGCUGAUUUUACACAACAAAUGCAUACAAAUCUACAAAUCGGACAAUACCACCCCAGUGCCUCCCAAUUUCUUUACAGUUUACACACAGUUGUUUUGCAGCCUUAAGUGUUGUGGGCAGCCUUCCUCUCAGAUGCCAGUCCUUUCAUACCAUCUUCUGGGACUCCAGUGACUGGACAGUGUCCACUUUCCUCUUUGGACCUGCUGGGCCUUCCCCCUCUCAUCUCCCUGCCCUCCUUGUUUAGGAGGCUGUGAUUUGCCUCCACUGAAGCAGAGCUCCCCUCCUCCAUUUUCAGGCUGGAUCUUCCCAAUUUUCAGACUGAGCCCAUUGCAGGUUUCAGACAGAUCUUUCCGCAGCUUGCAGUUUUCAAUUAUCCCAUUUUCCCUCCGAGUUCCUGAGUUCCCAUGGCAACUGGAACUACUCAGCAGCCAGCCUUUCACCCUGGGUUAACUUUUAGUUGGCUACCACUCACACAAAAUUCACCACUACAUAUGCUCUAGAUUUGUUCUGCAGAGAAACAGCUUUGGUCAGUUGACAUAUCCCACAGUAUGGCUGUUUCCGUUUUCUUAUUCUUUUUUGCCCAGUGGCGGUGGGGGGAGGCAUGUCGUUUGCUCAGACAUUCCUUUUCCUUGUCCAAUUCCUCUUUGGGCUGUAAGGCCCUGACUGUUGUCUCAGCCAGUGCCCAGGACUUGCUGUUCAGGCUGGGCAGAAAAGCAAACAGCUUUCUGUGUUGUCAUGGCAGUGGCAGGCCGGAGGGCUCAGGGAGGCUGCAUUUACAGGGAAAGCUUGUGGAGCUUGGAUUGGGAACCCCCUUUCGAAGACUCCAGGAUGGCCAGGAAUUAGGAAAGGGAGCUAUGUGCUGCUUAUGCCACCCCUUUACCUUUACCUUUACCUUUACCUAUGCCACCCCUUGCUAUCUUGUCCCUCUUGGGGUUGGCAGAGAGCAUUUUUGAAUGGGUGGACAGAACUGCUUGUGGCAAUCUGCUGGAUCCUGCAAAUGAGAAUACGAUGUGAAAGCCCAGGGAAGUUGAGGGAUGAGUUCCCUACCCCAAUGUAUGUGUGUCAUUCAUUAUAGUUUGUAUUGUCCUUCCCUCAGUCCUCAGUGGCCACUUGUCCUUGUUUCCUUAGCUUGUUCAUUUUGUGUGGGCCAAUGCAAACUUCUCCCCAACUGUCCAUCAGGAUAUAGGGAGUUGACAGAGAUUAGGCUGGAGCAAAUGGAAACUCCGCCCCUAUGUGGACGGGGAUAACCUAAUUUCUCUUGUCUAUGCUCUGGUAACCUAUAGGUUAGAUUACUCCAAUGUGUUGUACAUUGGGCUGCCUCUGAAGACAGUUCAGUAACUUCAGCUGGUGCAGAAUUCAGCUUAUUACAUUGAUCCUGACCCGAUUGCACUGGCUGCCAAUUAGGUUUGGGCCCAAUUCAAAGUGCUGGUUUUGACCUAUAAAGCCUUAAAGGCUCAGGACCGCCAUAUCUCAAAGACUGCCUGUGAUCAUGAUUUGAAACUCUUCUAAGUGUGCCUCCUUCAUGAGAGGUCCAGAGGGUGGCAACAUGAGAUGAAUGCUCUCCUCAGGGAGGCUCGCCUGCUGCCUUCGUUACAUAUUUUUAGGCGCCAGGCAAAAGCUUUUCAUUAUAACCAGGCCUUUGGCUGAUUACUGUGUUUGUGGAAGAGGGGUGGUAUUAGGUUUUGUUUCAUUAAGUAGUUUGUGUUUUUAUUUUGUAUUUUUAUGUUGUGAAUCACCCUGUGAUCUUUGGAUGAAGUUCAGUGUACAAAUUCAAUACAUAAAAUAGAAUAAAUAAACUUCAGGCCACCAGAGGGACAUCCCCAAGCUUUUCUACCUGUCAAGAUUGCCCAGCUUGCAAACUCAGGAAACCAGGAAUUUUGUUAGGCCCAAGCUAAUACAAAAAUUCCACUAGAGCUGUCUAACCAGACCUGCAAAAAUUAAAGACUAUCACCACACCUCACUGCAUAUCCCUGAAGAGUCAGAUAGAUAACAGCUAAAAGUUCACUCUCUGCCAUCUGAGUCUUGAGCAGAAAUAUUGUGCAGUAACAGUUGACCAAGAAGGCUACAUCGCUGGGCUUAGGUUUCCAGGCAUUCCAGAAUAAAGAACACUAGAAAAUUGAGUGAGGUAGUUUCUGUACAAUGCAUAUAAAUAAUAUAUAAGAGAGAACCUGUAAAAAGUAGAGAUAAAAGAAUACUGUAGACAUGGGAAAAUUACAAGGCAGCAUAAAACAACAAAACUAUCAAACGUAGUCUAAUAUAAACCUACUUGACCUCACACCACAGGAACAAACAUCACAAACAAGUGCUCAGGCAUCAGGAAAAGGUGUGAGGCAUGGACUAAAGGAAUAACCCAAACAUCUAGCAAAUAACAUAGCAACCAGACCAGAAGUUCCCAGCCAAUCAGAGCUUAUUUGGCCAGAACCUUCCAGUACUUGAAUAUGUUCGUUCCCACAGAGGCACAGUUGCUGUUAAUUAAGCAGGCUGCCAUAUUGGCCUUGAGCUAUCAGCCUCAGUUAGAUAACACAAUUUCAUCCUCCUUAACGAGAGCUACAUUUCUCACCAGAAACAAGAUUGUCCAGUUACCCAGGGAGGGGGGCAGGUGGCUGCAGAAAGUAAACUUUGAUCAGUGCCUAAGCAAAAUAAAAGCUUUUCUGGACGCUACCCAGUUUGCUUCUAGGCAUUGUUGGACAGGUGUGGAUUCUUGGACCUCGUUGAUCAUUAAUUCUACAUAGUUUGCCUGGGCUUCCUGAGUUGGACUAAAAUAUUUUUGUCUGGUACUAGAAGAUGAUUCUGGGUGUUAAGGAAUCUUGUGGGAGUAAUAUUUGGAUAAGGUCAGGAACUACCAGGGACUUUGCCGAAUUUAAAGUCUCAUUCUUCUAACUACAUGAAACUCCAGUUUUCUGAGCUAGAAUACAUUAUUUAUCCUUUUCAUUAGAUAAUCAGGCAUCUUUAAUAUACCAUUAAAUGUGAGAUUAUUAAGAUUCUGCUGGAGUUGCUUGAUUGGGUAUUUACAUACAAGUUUUGGACUUCUCUUUCAACCUUUGAUCUAGCCUUCCGUUCUGCUUUUGGACAAUACUAUAUAUUACAAACGAGGGUGUCCAAACCAUCAAAUGAUAAGUUAAGAACCACAACCAUCUGGACCAUAGCUGUGCCCCGAGGUUGUAUGAAUUACUCUCAACAUAACAGCUCUGCUUGAGGGUACAGAACCGACUUGAAUGCCAUCUGUAUAAACAUUGUCCCAUCCUUAUUUCCCUCGAUGUUUUGCAGUGAGACCUGCUGACAAAAUCUUAUAUAGGGAGGGGAAAAGACUUUUCUUAGAUCUGCCCGGAAUUUACUGGUAAGAGGAAAUGGUUGGUUGGAACCUGACAGAAGGCCAAUGUUUAAGAUAUCUAUUUUCAGCUUGGCAAAGGGUAAGUGUGGGCAGUUAGCAGAAUCUGCAGAUGACACACACUGAUGGAGUAGUUUAGUGUGAGCAACAGGAAGUUGUCUUCAGUGAAUUGUUUCUCAAUAGAGGAAAAAGACAUGCUCGUGCUAAGCCACUUUGCAGGUUCCUGUGUUGUUCUGUUGUGGCUCCCAAUUCCUUGGUGAAAGGGCAGAAAGGGGUAUGAUAAAAGGUGGGUCUAACUGCUUGUUGAAUUAGUCCGUCACUAGUCCAUUGGGCACCAGAAUAGCACUUGUGUACAUUAGGGAUAGCAUGAGUGGCAGAUGUCAUCUAGUAAACUCUGUCUGUCUGUCUCUGCUAGAUGCCAGCCUGGACUGAUUGGAGAGCACUGCCAGUUUCAAGACCCUUGCCAUCAGUCACCUUGCGCUAAUGGGGGAUCAUGUGAGAGCACUCUGCGUGAUGGCACUGUGCACUACCAGUGCACCUGUCCCAAGGGCUUUCGAGGUAAGAAUACGCAAUGUGGUGAGAUGCAGCGUGUGUCUUUGUGUAGAAGCUCCACAGGCGUUUCAUAUUCCUGAUAAAGAUUGCUUUGCUGGGAGAUGGGAAUGCACAUUCUCCAGGGAGGAUGGGUCCAGAUUGUAGGUGAGAAAAUUGGCCUUCUGGGGAAGAAGUAACCUUCUAGGUCACUUGGUACAUCAUCUUCCAUUUAGGUCAAGACUGCUCUCUGUUUGAUGCCUGCGCCAGCAAGCCGUGUGUCAAUGGUGGCCGCUGCACCAACUGGAAUGGCCGCUAUAACUGUACAUGCCCAUCAGGCUACCAGGGCCGCAACUGCCGGAGUGAUGUGGAUGAAUGUCGGGUGCCUGGCCUAUGCCAGCAUGGGGGUACCUGUAUCAACACACCUGGCUCCUUCCACUGCCAGUGUCAAGCUGGCUACACAGGGCAGCAGUGUGAGAGCAUCUCCACACCUUGCGCCCCCUCUCAGUGUCUCAACGGCGGCACUUGCCGUCAGACAGGAGAACUCAGCUACGAGUGUGCUUGCUUACCUGGUGAGUGAACAAUUUGCAAAGUGUACCUUUGCUUGUACCUUCUGUAAGGGAGUGGGAUGGAGUACUAAGCAGGUAGAUUUUAGGGUGGGACGAUCCCUCAGGGCAGCUGGGCGUAGAGUUACACUUGGGACUCAAGCUUGACCCUUUUCUCUGGCUACACCGUGGCAUGCUUCACUAUUCUCCUGUCAGGAAGCUCAUGGGAAGCUGUUGAGAGCUUUGGUGGAGCAGGAAGGAAACAAUCUAGGCAGUGGGAGGAAGCGGGGGAACUUGGCAGCCAGCACAUGUGGCUUUGACUGCAGGAGCCAGAGUGUAGUGGAAGGCUCAGCUAAUUCUUCUUCCUUGUUCUAGUCAGAGAUUUGGAACAAGUAGAGCUUAGAAUAGAGGAGGGGCGCUGCAUUGCUCAGGGGCUCAGUGUGACUCUGUGGUGUUUACCAAGCCUUGUCAAGCUUGAAACUGUCCCCCUGUGGCCAAUGAAAUUGACACCUAGGAAAGUGUGCAAAAGAUUACAACCCAUAGUUGCACAUUAGGGAUGGAAUGGUGGGUUGUUGGGAGGAUUUUUCUUUCUCUACUAGCAACAGUUUUUCUACAGUUACUGGCUGGGCUAAAAUCUCCCUUUCUCCCUUUUCAGGCUUCAAGGGACACAACUGUGAGAUUAACAUAGAUGAUUGCCCAGGCCACAUGUGCAUGAAUGGAGGCACUUGUGUGGAUGGCGUCAACACUUACAACUGCCAGUGUCCCCCAGAGUGGACAGGUACUGCAUUAUUAUUGGUCCAGGAACCAGAAUGUGAUAGGAACAGCCUAGGAUUUUAAGGGCCUUAAUAGGAAACAUAGGGAGCUAUCUAGGAUUUGGGCAGAGAUGGGAAAUGUUCUUUUCUUCUCUAUACAGCGUUAACUUAAUAUUAGCCUCUAAGUCAGGAAGGCCAACUGUUUUAGAGAAUGAGUUAAGAAAUAUUACCUUUUUCUAGUUUGGGAAAACACUGGCUUUAAUCUGGCUUGGUGCAUGGUGGGCAAGGGAAAAGGUAACUCAGGGUUGCGAGGGUGGAGGUAUUGGGGUGCAUGGGGGAAGGAGAGGUGGUGCUGCAGCUGUUAGGCCAUCCCUGAUGAGAAGGUCUUUUAGUGAACUAAGCCCCACCUUCUUUGCACUGUAGGCCAGCACUGCAAUGAGGAUGUGGAUGAAUGCCAGCUGCAACCCAACGCCUGCCACAAUGGAGGCACCUGCUUCAAUACCAAUGGGGGGCAUUCAUGCGUUUGCGUCAACGGCUGGACAGGGGAGAGCUGCAGUGAGAACAUUGAUGACUGUCAGACAGCGGUCUGCUUCCAUGGUGCUACCUGCCAUGACCGUGUGGCUUCCUUCUACUGCGCAUGUCCUAUGGGCAAGACAGGUAACUGGCUCCUACCUUGCAUAAUGUGUCCACGUCAUAUGUUUUUAUUCUGGCCAACUGGUUUGGGCAGAAUUUUUGAAGGGUUUGGUCAGCGUAAAAAGAAUAGAGUGGAUUAAAGGGAUAUUGGAUAACAAGGAUAGGGUGUCAAUCAGAAAUGGAAGGACAUUGCUGAACAUGAACAACAUAUGGAAAUUGAUACCCCUUGUCCAUAAAUUCCAUCCCAUUCUCUACACUCCUCCUUUUUUGCUGUCAAGUGAUUGCCUUUCAUGGCCUUUUCUCUUCCAGGCCUUCUUUGUCACUUGGACGAUGCCUGUGUCAGUAACCCUUGCCAUGAGGAUGCCAUUUGUGACACCAACCCAAUGAAUGGGCGUGCCAUCUGCACAUGCCCACCAGGUUUUACCGGAGGGGCCUGCGACCAGGAUGUGGAUGAGUGCUCCAUUGGUAAGACAGCUGCACCCUUUUGCAAUUCCAAAAGGUGAAGGAAGGAGGACUGCCUCUCUAACAUGUGAGAGGGGUCACUGAGAUGGACUUUUGCCAGCUCUUUGGGUUGGGAUAUUGACAAGUAAAACACUUGAGAGAAGGAUCUGCUUCUGCUGGUAUGCCCUUCUCGUUCCUUGUCUGGGUUUAUCCCUUAAAUCAGGGGUGCACAACCUGCGGCCCUCCACAUGUUGUUAGACUACACCUCCCAUUAUCCCUGAUCACUGGCUAUGUUGGCUGGGGCUGAUGGGAGUUGUAGUCCAAAAACAUUUGGAGGUUCGCAGAUUAUGCACCCCUGCCUUAAGUGAAGGCAGAGAAGAAGUAAUUUUGAACCAGCCAUGUUCACUUCAUGUGCAUUUGCCUUCUCCAGGAGCCAAUCCAUGUGAGCAUUUCGGAAAGUGUGUGAACACGCAAGGCUCCUUCCGGUGUGAGUGUGGACGUGGCUACACAGGUCCCCGCUGUGAGACAGACAUCAAUGAGUGCCUCUCCAUGCCUUGCCAGAAUGAUGCUACCUGCCUUGAUCGCAUUGGCGAGUUUACCUGCAUCUGCAUGUCAGGUGAGUUUCCUGGCUCUGGGGAGCAGAGUGCUCAUCCUAUCCAGGACUGCAUCUUGGGUAGCAUGAGAUGUGGGGAGAGAGUAGGUAGGCGACUGGGUAUGCAAGAAUUGAGGUAAAAUUCCCUGCUAAGUAUGGGCUCCCUGAGUGGGCUUAGAUAAGUCACUUCCUUAUUUCAAUUUGCUUUUAAAAGUGAAAAUGUCAGUGACCUGUUUCAGAGCUGUUGUGAAGCUCUGUGUAAAGUGUAGAUCAUUCAAAAAAUGUUAUGUAAAUGAUUGUAGAGCAGCCUCUGCUCUUGGGCUCCCUAAAGCUUCCUGUCCCAAGUACAGUGGUACCUCGGGUUAAGAACUUAAUUAGUUCUGGAGGUCUGUCCUUAACCUGAAACUGUUCUUAAGCUGAAGCACCACUUUAGCUAAUGGAGCCUCCCACUGCCGCUGCAUGAUUUCUGUUCUCAUCUUGAAGCAAAGUUCUUAACCCGAGGUACUAUUUCUGGGUUAGUGGAGUCUGUAACCUGAAGCGUCUGUAACCCAAGGUACCACUGUAUCUUGUCUGCCAGGUGUUAGCAUACCUGACUGAUCUACACUGAGGCUCUGUGGAGUGGCUUUCUUUUUGCUCUUCACAUGUUCUAGACACUUGAGACAGGAGGUGCCUCUCAGACUAUGACACUUCCAUGUCUCGUUGGCUGUGCCUGUUCUUUUUUGAGUAUAUCAGCAGGAAGUUUCUUUCACACUGCCUGCUCCUCUUAGGCCUGGAUUCUUCAGUGUGUGGGUGGUAUUCUCCAAACUAAGAGAUGUGCGUGGGCAGGGGGGAUACAAUAGUUAGAUUGGUAUGAGACUGUUGUGGGAAUAGCCACAAGGUAUAGCAGUCUAACCUGCGCCUUUCCCUGCUAGAUUCCAGGCUUUGUAUUCCCCACAGUUACAAAGCAAGAACAUGUUUGGUUUGUACUUUCAGUAGAGCUGGCAAAUACAGAUUCAGGAGAAGGGCCCAGAAAGUUUCAGGAAGCAAGAUACUAUUGUGAAUAGUGGAGGCUUCGUUCAGGGUCCCUGGAGGAGUAUUCUGCUGUUUCAUCUCCCCCGCCCCCCUGCCCCCAAAUGGCAUUGCAAUUCUGUGGGCUUGGGAUGAGGAACAAGCCGAGAGCCUUAGAAGCGGUUUGGUGGCUGAAGAAAGCAUAUACAUAUGGAGGAAUCCCUGGAAAGUGAGGGAUGACUAUACAGCUGUCCCUCCUCCCAUUGUGGCAGAGCUAUAGGACUGGGGUGCUGGGUAAAUCGAUACAAUGUUCAUACAGACAGUGGGAGCGCAGCAUUGUGCUUGGAAUAUUAAUGGUGGGGCCGGCCUGGCGGGUGAUGUGAAUUGACUGUGCUUUGUGUUUCCGUUACCCCAUAUAGGGAGGAACAUUCUCCUUGCUUGCUCACUCAUUGGUUAAUGCUGGCUUUUUGUAAAAAAAUAAAUAAAUAAAAAUCUGGGGAAGGGGUGGGUCCUGCUAGCUGAGAAUGGCUUUGGUCUAGGGGCGAGAGAACUUGGUUUUAGUGUUGCACUGCUGUGCUUAGCCCAGUAUUGAUGCAUUCUGGAGUCAUUUCCCCCAGGAUCAGGAUGAAGCAAGAGGGUUGAAGUAUUGCCUAGAUAUUUGGCAAGCAGCUCCAAAAACUAGGAGCCCAGCACACAGUGGAGUGCCUCUCCUACAAAAUCACCCUCCCAAAGCGGAAACAUUAAAUCUUAAAAAGUUUUUGACUGGGACAUGGAGUGUUAGUUUGAAUGCUCUUCUACUACUUGGUUGGAAAACAGUUCUGGAAAGCAAGUUGUUUUGUGUGUAGCCCCAAUUCUUGAAACCCAAAUCAGCAUUUUCACUAGUGUGUCAUCUCUGACUCCUGUUACUCCUGCAGUCCUCACAGUUCUUGAAACUCAUCUCCCCUCCCUACUGCUAGCCUCACAUCUUCAAUUCCAUUCAUUGAGACAAAGUGUUGCACCAGACACAUGUAACCAAACUGUUCCAAGCAUAGCUUUUCUUGCGAGGAAUCCUAUUCAGAAUAAGGGAAUUUCCCUUUUAAAAAGGGAAACAUUGAUUGCUAUGGUUCCAAGCUCCCCCACAUAGCCUCAGCUCUCCUCCUUUUUAUGGUGUAAGCUCCAGAGCUACAUCACCCUCCCAUUCCUCCUAUGUCACUGGAACUUCCUCUCACAAUUCCCAGCUUUGUUUAUUUUAUCUGUUGAGAGAAGCAGAGUAUUCAACUCUCCCCCCACUGUUCUCUCCCUCUUUCUUUUCCAUCCCGUCAUUUCCUGCCAAGGAGCUUCUUACUUUCCCAUUACUUUUUCCCAAUGUGGAUGAAAUAAGCAAGGCGAGUGGGCAUAUCUUUUAUAUCAGAGUUGCCUACCCUGUAGCUUUCCAGGUGUUGUUGUAUUCUAACUCCCAUCAGCACCAGCCAGGAUGGGCCAUGGUCAGAGAUUAUGGGAGUUGCAGUCCAGCAACAUCUGGAAGACCAAAGGUUCUCCACCCUUCCUUUCUACACAGUAUCAGAGGCAAGAAGAUUCUCUGCCUCAAGGAUACUUGGAGGAAGUGAGCUAUGUAGGGUUAUUGAGUCACAACCAUUUUAGGUUUUUCCUCUACUACCCCCAAGGAUUUGGGAAACCUGGCUCUGGUGAGCUAGAACUACGAGAUUAGAAGUUGCCUUCACUCUUGAGAUUUCCCCCUUGCAUAGAGAUUUCUCUCCAAAUUGGAAACAGGAGUUUCCUCCCACAAAAUGCUGCAUUCUCUUACCACCCCCUCAGAGAUGAAGAUACAAGCAAACUCCUGGAGACACUGCCCAUUAAAAAGGUUCAUAUGGAGACAAAUUUUAAGUGCCUUCUUAUGUGAGAAAAUUCUGCCCCUCCUGUCUCCACUUUGGUAGGGAGAGUAGCUUAAGGGAGUGGAGAUGGCGUCUCAGCCAGGAGCUGAGACUGAUACUAUUAGGCUGUAGCAACUCAGACCCUCUAUGAGUAGUCAAGGAAAGUGGGGGUGGGCCUUGAUUAUUUCCUCAGUGCUGCUUGCCAGCAAGCUAUUCAUCGGAGAAGCAGACUUCACUGUUUUUAUUACAGUGGCGAAGGGCUGGGAAUAGCAAAGCCUGGAGGGUUAGUCAUGCAAUUCUGUGCCUUUAUAGCUGCAAGGAUUCCUUGGAGCAUGUGUACACAGACCAGCAGUUGGGCAAAUUCAGGAUGGUCAUUCUUCUAUUGACCAGAGCCUGCUUAACCCCCUUGCCUAGAGAAUCAGGAUACCGUUGUGCUAACCUUAUGCAUGGCAUGUCCAGUGCCUCACUGUUUUACUCCUUUCUCACCUCCACAGCGAGACGGAGGACUCAUACCGCAGCGGUAGAACACAUUCUUUGCAGAAGUGGUCAGUCUUUGGUUAAUAGACAGUCUUGGUCAAAAGAGCAGUCCCUAAACACCUUAGAAGGUGCUGCUAGUCAGAGUAGACAAUACUGGGUUAGAUAGACCCUACAGCCUCACUUGGUAUAAGAUAGCUCCGGAUGUGUAUUUUUGCACCCAUAAUUUCUGUGUGCAUUAACUGCUUUAUUUAUUUUGUAAUUGCAUAUUUUAUUGUUGUUAACCUACCCUGGGAACUUUAGAUAAAGAGCAGGUAAUAAAUUUAAUAAAAUAAAUCAAUAAUAAUGUGCCUGGUGUACUUUUUGAUUUCCUUUUCUACCACUGGUUCCAGCUGCUGGCUGUAUUUUCAUCUGUUCUUUGUGUUCCUGCAGUUCUCUUAUCAGGAACACAUAAGCAACUUGACUGUCGAGCCAAGUAUUAUCUUAAGUGGAAGCAGGGUUUUUAGGCAGAGGUCUUUCACAUACCCUACUUCCUGAUUCUUUUAACCUGAAGAUGCCAGGGGUUGAUCCUGGGAUCUUCAGCUUGCAAAACAUGUGGCCCAUCACUGAGCUGUCGUGACACGGAAGGAGCGGGAACAGAACUUCUGCUUAAUUGAAAAUGGAAUAAGCUCGGCAGUUGCACAGAUUAUAUAAACAUUGCUUUGAAUUAGUAGAACUAACACAUGAUCAAGUUUGAUGCAUGGAAUGCUUACUCCACCAUCAGUAAACUUAAGACAGUUGUGUUAGGAUAGGUGCUGUAUGUACCAUAAUGGUAAAGUGGGGAUGUGGGGCAAUAUUGGAGAGGAAGGAAUGGGAUGCAGGGAGACUUGUAGAGACAGCAAAGAUGGAGUUGGAGUUUUGGGGGAAUUCCCCCCCCCCUUCUUCCUACUAGAAGGGCCUUAAACUGUCUGUCUGAUCAUUUUUACCUCUUAAAGUUAGUAACUAUAAGGAACAAGCUUUAAAAAUUGGGAUUUUGUUUUUAAUGCCUUGUAUUUGAAGCAAAACGCUGUUAUUUAUUGUGCACCAUUGCCAUGUAAUAAUAAGCUCGUAUUCCUAGGCAUGAGCCUGCCAGAAUGAGAUGGACCCCUUUGUCUCACUGUGGUUGUGGUGCUACAGUGAUGGACACACUGGUGAGUCUAAUCAUUGUAAUAACAAAUGGUUCCUCUUGGUUGCAGGUUUCAGUGGCACUUACUGUGAGAUCAACAUCAACGAGUGUGAGAGUAAUCCCUGUGUCAAUGGUGGCGUCUGUAAGGAUAUUGUCAAUGGAUUCAGCUGUACCUGUCCCUCCGGUAAGCCAAGGGCUUUUUCCAGCAAGGAGAUAAAUGGCACUGCAUCAUUCUCUUACCUGUCCUCCCUGCCUGGCAUAGCACAGGUGAACUUGAGCCUGUCCCCCACAGGGCUCCUUCUCAGGCCUCUUAAAAUAGUCUGCAUGUUUGUGUGUAUCUGAAACCUGCCCAGACCUUACUUUGAUAAAGCUGGUGAGCAUAUGCCCUGUUUGUAAGGAGCCUUGCUUUCAUCCCUUCUCCUGAGGUUAGGAAAUGUCUGCCCCUUGUGUGAAUUCAGCUGAAUUUAAGUCUCUUAAGUUGAGCUGUGCUGUAGUUUUUCAUGAGCUCACACUGCCCCUUGUGCUUCCUUUCAUCCCUUGCACUGUGGUACAGUUUGUGUAAGUUUUCUUUGCUGAGCUAGGAGUCCAGCUUGGGGAAUUCUUUGUCAGUGUAUGGGAUGCAACUGUAGCCCUAAGGAGAGUGUGUUCAGCUCAUUCCCCAGGACUUGCUCCGCUUUUCUGCUACCAAGCGGGUGGGGGGUCCUGUCCUCCAUUCAGUUGCUUCCACGGCUGAUUGACAGACAGGCCUAUAGCUUGCUGUGUGGGAGCUGGGACAAUGGUAUCUUUGUUCCCCCAGCCUGUCGCACAGGCCCCUGAACCCAAUUUACAUGUGGGGCAGACACCGCAAAGCCCCCUGUGGAGAGGAGGGGGAGAGAACAUUGAGAGCCUUUGCUAUAGGCCUCUGGUGGUAGGGCUGUGCUGUGCAACCAGGAUGAAGUUUGAGGACUCCUGCCCCACAUAAUUUUUCCUCCCAAUGCUAACCUGUUUUCUCUUUAUCUGGAGCUUUCAGUCCAAACUAUCAUUUUAUUCGAGGCUUGCUCUAGCUGUGUACCCACUUCAGACACUUAGCUUGAGAAUGAGUAUACACUUAAUUCUUUUGCCAGCCUCGCUUGUGCCCUUUUCAGAUAUACUUGUAAAGUCCUCUGUUACCUCUAACAGCUGGGAACUUCCAAGUACACAAGCUUUUUUCACUCAGCUCUAUGUGAAACCCAGCUAGGGAACAAGAGGUGGCUAUACGUAUAGUUCCACUCUUCCACUGCAGCACUGAGCGUCCAUUUCCCUGCUCCUUUUUAUAUAUAGCGCAGAUGUUAGUGUAAGAUUCUCAUCCAUCGGAGUGGAUAACAAGUGUUCUUUCUGUGUGUGUUGUUUGGAUCUUGUCUUGUGUAUAUUGGGUGAAAUGCAACACGUAUGUUAAUGUUGCCAGACUGAGUGCAUGUUCCUCAUUUUGUUGGUCCAUCUGGUUUGUUUGACUACUUUUUCUUUCUGGGUUCAGGCUUCUCAGGCUCCAUGUGCCAGAUUGACAUCGAUGAGUGUGCCAGCACACCAUGCCAGAAUGGUGCAAAGUGUGUGGACCGGCCCAAUGCCUACGAGUGCCGUUGUACAGAAGGUAAUUGCUCUCUGCAAUGAGUUAUUGCCUUCCAUGCUCUUCUGUGCUGCUGGAGAGGGAAUUGUUUCAAGUCAUGAGGAUGUUGUGUUGACAACUGCACAAGGAUAAUUAGAAUCUGAUGCAGUCGAGAGAAAAUUUUCUCCAAAACAUCCUUUACAUCUGCCUUUCGUGGGUGCCAUUUUUGAGAAGCUCGGGCUGGGUGUGAUGUGAGCUUUCUCCCCAACCCAUGGUCUUUCAUCUGUGAACAUUUUUUAGGGAAGGUGUCAAAUCACUUUCUAACUUUGGUAUCAGGCCUUCAGCAAAAUAACUUCUCUAUUCCUGAUUCCCAGAUAGUUGUGAAAGAUCAAGAUCAAAUUGAUGCUUGCAGGGGCUCUGUUUUAUUUCCUUUUAGAUGGCUUUGGUUUAAAGAUGAGCACAGAAUUUAACACCAUGAAAUUCCCAAGGAAGCUUAUUGUGUUCUGAAACCUAGUGGUGCACAGUGCAUGCCACAACACAUCAUAAAGAGAACUAAUAUUCCCAUGAAUUAAAGGAAAUGGACUUGGGAGAGUAGGAUUUUUUUAACAGACUGCAAGAAACUCCUACACAGAAUGGGUUUUAGGAUAAGGGGAAAGGAAGCCAAAUUAGUGCACACAGUUCAUUCACAUUGUGGAAAGGAGAAAGGAGGGUUAGGUUACUCCUCAUUUUUUGUUGAGUUUCUUAAUUGAUGUAUCUAACUUGCUUGAUAAACAUGAAGUGGCAUCCCUUCUCAGUUGCUCAGACACUUAAAAAAGGACAGUAGAUGCAUAUCUGAUUGGCUUACGAAACAAUGACUCUCAGUUUGAAAAUUACAGUGUUUUUAACACAAGCAGUUUUAAGUAAAGGUAAAACAGAGAACUAACAGUAGUUGUGGAAAAAAUAAAUGUUUUGCUUGCUACAUUUGGGUGUUUGGAUGCAUCUUUUCAGAUAAAUGGUAGUUUAGGAAACAUUGGGCGUUUCUAACAUAUUAGAUAAAUGUAUCUGGAGGGACCUGAAAGUUAUGAAAAUGGAAGGGAGGGGAAAACUUUUCCCCAGUCUGCUGUGUGCAUGAAUUGCUACGAUGCUGAUUUCCCCUCUCACUUACAGGUUUUGAGGGGCCUUUGUGUGAAAGGAACAUUGACGACUGCUUUCCAGAUCCCUGCCACCAUGGCAUUUGUGUUGAUGGCAUUGCCAGUUUCACCUGCACUUGUGCAGCUGGUUACACGGGAUACCGCUGUGAGAACCAGAUCAAUGAGUGCCACAGCAAUCCCUGUCAGCAUGGCGGCAAGUGCAUUGACCUGGUGAAUAAGUACCUGUGCCACUGCUUGCAGGGGACCUCAGGUAGGGCAUCCCUCCUCGCUCUCUUUCUCUGCUUCCUCUCAUUCCUUACAUCUCCCAGUCCUAUCCAGCAGCACCACACUUUUCGUUUAUUUUCUUAGAAAAAUGUAUAGACUGUUUAAUCAGAAAACCCUCGUAAGUUGUGUAUAUAAUAAAGUUAUCAAUAAAAACACAAGAUAAAAAUUAGCAAAGUAAAACACACACACACAAACACACACAACUAAACGAAUGCCUGGGAAAGCUUGCUGCAAUAAAAAAGAACAAUAUAAUGAAGGCACCUGCCUGGUGUCAAUAGGCAGGGAAUUCGAAAGCACAGGUGCUGCCAUACUAAAAGAGAGACUCACAAAUGCAGAGUAAACAUUACAUGUCACUUGUAAAACUCAAGUUUUUCAGAUCAAAGCAGCAAAAUAGGCGUGUAUGGUGCAAAUCAAUCCCCCCAAUAAACUAGAUAUAAGCUGUUAAGGGCUUUUUAUAUGUGAAUACUAAGCUUAUUAUAAGCUGUCUGCUUUGCGUGUAUCUAAUUUGUGUGAUGUCAGCUGGCCGGCUGCCAAGCAUGUAAAGCUGCAAUCGCACAAGUUAAAUGUGUGCAAGUUGUGAGUCUCCUGUGCUGCUGUUGCCAAGCUAUCCUGGUCCAGUUACGGGUCACAGCUGUUGCACCAGCAGAAGCUGGGAAAAGGCUCUCUUAGCCACUGAGCACACCUGGGCCUCCAGUGACAAAACUGGAUUCAGAAGCACCUCCAGGCUGUGUACCUGCUACUUUGGAGUGCGGGAAACCCUCUCCAGGGCAGGAAAGGAGAUCAAGAAGGAGGAGCAAGUUUGCACUCUUUUCUUGUUCUUGAUCAAGAUCAUCCCAUCAGGCCAGCCACAGCUGGAACGGGUCUAGAUAAUCUGUACUUGCCACAACCCUCUUGACCACCUUCCCCCCAAAAAGUGAGUGCCUACAACUGGUCAGUAGUUAGUCCAAACUAAAGAACCAGCUUCUUUGGGAGUGGCCAUACCCCUGUCUCUUUCAAGGUGGCGGGGACCAUCUCCUUAUGUAAAUUAACCAUUUACAUAGCUAUUGGGCAGAAUCCAUUGAUGAUGCAUAGGAAGCUAUAACAAUUUCCCUUUCAUUGCAUCUAAACCUACUUGCACCAGUUCUUUCCACUCUAUACAUGUCACUCAGCCAAGACAGGAAAGAAUUUCCAAGCUUGCUGUGGGUCCAUUCAAUGUAGGGCAAUUGCAUCUUUCUUCAGGCCUGUGAUAUAUCCUUUUUUCCAAGGUGCCAAUUGUGAGAUCAACUUCGAUGACUGUGCCAGCAACCCCUGUGAUUAUGGCAUCUGCCGCGAUGGCAUCAAUCGUUAUGACUGCAUCUGCAAACCUGGCUUCACAGGUGAUGGCCGGGAGAAUGAAUUGCUGGUCAGGAAUAGGGCAGAAGUAGGGGAAAUUGAAGAGGGUCAGAGUCAACAGCUACAGCUUUAAUCAAGAGAGAAUACUGUGGCAGAAUCUGCAUGUAGGUGGCAAGUGUUAGGCUUUGCAGGCAGGGCUUGAGGUAGCAUUGCUCAAUAGCUGCUAUAGGAUUUAAUCCAUGCGUAGUGAAGGGGACAAAGCUGGAUGAAAGCAGCAAGAAGUUUCUUCUUGGCCACUCUGUUGCUGAGCAGUACUUUCUCCCAUUUAGGUCCCCUGUGCAACGUGGAGAUUAAUGAGUGCGCGUCCAACCCGUGUAAGAAUGGUGGCACCUGUGUGGAUGGUGAAGACGGCUUCUCUUGCCUUUGUCCCGAGGGAUUCCAUGAUCCACAUUGCUAUUCAGAAGUGGACGAGUGCAGCAGCAGCCCAUGUGUGCAUGGCACAUGCCACGACAACAUCAAUGGGUGAGAGCUGAUUACCCCAAGUGCAUGAGCUGCUGCAGCAGGAGUAGGCAGGCUUUGCUCCUAUUGUUCCCAUGAGGUGGCUCUGAAGACACAAGUGGAUUAAGUCACUUCCUACAGGCUGGUCAAAUGGGCUAACAAUGGGUGGUGCUUCUUGGAGGGUGUAAAAACGCUUUCCCUCUUCAUCCUUUCCCCCCCUUCUUUCCUCUACAGGUACCAGUGUAAGUGUGAGCCAGGCUGGGCUGGCACCAACUGUGAUGUGAACCACAAUGAGUGUGAAUCCAACCCAUGCCAGCAUGGAGGGACAUGCACUGACUAUGUCAAUGGCUAUCGUUGCAAGUGCAAAGAAGGCUUUCAGGGUAUGCGUCUCUAUGGCUUCCUUGCCUUGCUUUUGUUGCCUGUACUUUACACCACGCUCAACCUCUGUCUAGCUCUUCUGUACCCCAAGAUACAUAUCUCACCCACAUACUGUUUUUCAUCUCUUGCCACCUCUGGAUAAUACUCUGCCUGUUGUCCAAAGUUAUGCCUUCUAUGUAACCUUCAGUGUUUGAGCCAUCUAGAUCUAGUGAGUGAUUUGCAGGUAUCUGAACCCAGCUUUCCCCCAGUUCCAUUUUCUGGUCCUUCAUGGGAGCUGAUGUUGGUUGGUGGCAUUACAAGUGGGAGAAAGAUUCAUCUUCAGGGAUAUCUGUGUUUAUGGGGACCUUAAUACUUAUCUGGUUCUUCUGCAGGGACCUACUGCCAGACCAACAUAAAUGACUGUGCCUCCAACCCUUGCCUCAACCAGGGCACCUGCACUGAUGGCAUUGCCAGCUAUACCUGCAUCUGUGACUUACCUUACACUGGUGAGCUCUGUGGGUGGUGGGGAACACCUGAACAUCUUCUGCAAAAACUUAAUUCUUGUUAAGGGACUUGAUCUAGUGAAGGGACGUGUAUGGCAGACCCCAUGCCAGGGUUGCAGUUGGGAAGGGAGAGAUUAAUAAGCAGUAAUUGUUUGUACUGAGUGCCAUGUUAGAAAUUCAUAUUCUGCAUUUUAGCCAUUCAUGGAUAAGUAAUGCAGAUAAUGGCUAAAGGACAAUGGUGUGAUAGGCCACAAAUAAUGGACGGAGAAUAUUGCAUGUGUCUGUCUCUUCCUCCUUAAAAGAUAAUACAGUCGUACCUCGGAAUUCGUUCAGGAAGUCUGUUCGACUUCCAAAACAUUUGGAAACCAAGGCACAGCUUCCGAUUGGCUGCAGGAAGCUCUUGCAGCUGAUAGGAAGCCGUGUUGGACGUUCAGGUUCCAAAGAACGUUUGAAAACUGGAACACUCACUUCUGGGUUUGCGGCAUUCGGGAGCCAAAAUGUUCAACUCGCAAGGCAUUUGGGAUCCAAAGUACGACUGUAUGUACUUGGGUGCUCUAAAGGGAGAGUGCUUGGAGAGCUGAAAUAGAUGUGUGUGGUGUGUGAGAGAGAAAGAAAAAGAGAGACUGAGAAACAAAAUGAUACGGAAUCACAUGUUGCCUUUACUAUGUUUAAUUCUUGGGCAUUGCCACUGUGCAUGGUGAGUUCAGGCGACAGUGUCACAACAUGGGUAGGGAGAAGGAUCUGAGUCACUCAUCAUCUGGUGAUGUCACAGGCAUUAUCCAAUAGAUGCCCUUGGCAUUUGUGCAACUUCCAUUCUACAAGUCACUUUAAAUUGCAACAGCAUCUGCUUUCUGCAAACCACAUUUUUAAAGCAGCAAUAUGUCAUGGUUAGGGAGCCUGGAGAUGGGUGUAAACAAAAGUGCUUCCUCAAAGAAAGACAUCUGGAUCCAUGCAACAAAUGACUGGCAGCUAAACAUUUGUUACUCUAUAAACUGACUGACUGGGAAGGCUCUUGAAUUAACUUUAUUAUAUUUACCUUAUGUAUAAAGUAUAAUUCCCACUGACAUCACUUUGUGGCUAGACAUUUGGUCUCUGAACUUGAUUUGUAUUCCUAUUGAGUCCAAGACAUAAAUGUUAUAUAGUUCAGAAUAAGAUGGCUAUUAGGCCAGUGGAAAUCCAAACAAGUACCCUUAUCUGUUUCUCUUCCCACAGGCCGGAAUUGUGAGAAUGUGCUGGCUCCCUGUUUCCCCAAUCCAUGUAAGAACAAUGGUGUCUGUGACCACACACCUGACUAUGAGAGCUUUACCUGUGGUUGUGCACCAGGCUGGCAAGGUACUCAGACUCAUGAGCCACGUUCUUCCUGUACUUUUCUAAAUAUUGUGGCAUCUAAUCCUAUGAGCUUAUGUGCCAGUUUUAUAUUUUAAUUUGUUUUAAUUUUGGGGUGGCUUUUAAAUAUAAAGGCAUUUUUACUAAUUUGAGUUUGUAUUGCUCACUGUCCUGAGUGUCUUUGGAUGGAAAUGUGAAAAAGAAAUUUCAGAAGUAAAACUGACAUUCUUUUAUUGAUUUUACUUCACAAAAUACCUUUACCAGAAGUUCUGCCAUUCUAAUGUGGCAUAUUUAGCAAUAUUCCUGAUGGUAACAUUGUGACUGGAUAAUCUAAUAAUUUUCUUAUAUCUAUGCAUUCUGUGUGAUUGAUUAUUUGAUAGUAGACACACGCCUGGGAUAUUGUUUUGUUGUUUCCUUCAUUGUUGUUGGUUUUUUGCUUCUCCACAUAGUGGAUGCAGCAAUAUGGAAAAGUCAAUAGAAGUAGAUUGGGGGGUGUGGGGGUGUGGAGGGGAAAAAAGAAACUUAAAAACAAACAGUAACCAUAUUUUCUUAUCCCCAUAGGGCAGCAAUGCCAGAUUGACAUUAAUGAAUGUGACCAGGACCCAUGUCGAAAUAGGGGCACCUGUACCAACACACAUGGCAGUUACAGGUGUGCCUGCCGUCCUGGCUACACUGGCACCAACUGUGAGUUGGAUAUUGACGACUGCAAACCAAGUGAGUUCAUUGAGCACAUGAGACAACAGGAAAGAACAACCAAGAAUCUGAGAUCUUGCUAACUAUUAUGGCCAGGCAGUAUAGCAAAAAGAACUGGGUGGAAGUUCUAGGAAGAAGGAGCACUGGUAGGACAGGAAACCUAAUAAAAAACUGGAAACUGGGCAAAAAGGUCAUUAGGUGACAUCUGCCUUUCCAAGCUGGCUUCCAAGUCUCACAUUUUUGGAAGUGGCUGUGCCUUGUCAUUUGGCUUAUGUUUAGAAAAUUAAAAUGCUAAGACAAUUAAAUGGUACAGACUAGAUGAUUUAAGCAAAUUUGCUUUCUUUUACCUAAGCAUAAUCUGUGUUGCAUCACGUAUGCUAAUUGCAAACUCAGAACUUUGAGUGCCAGUGCUUAUGGAGCCAAAACAGAACCCUCCAUGCAUAAGAGAGAGGUAUCGGCAGGUUUGGGUGAACCCCAAGUUUUUCACAGGACUACAAGAAGUUUUGAAGGGGAAACACUCCUCUUAAACAGUCCAACAAGACAGAGUAAGCUUACUGACCAUGGAAUGCUGACGGAUUGUUGUGGGUGGGGUGGGGGGGAAAAAACUGGCAGGGGAACAGGAAUGCUUAACAUAGCAACAAUUGCUUGCAGGUUCCAUUUGUACUUCAGACUUCUAAACUUUGCAGAACUUGGAUUUCUUUGACUAGGUAUAGAAUUGUAGAGUUGGGAGGGACCAUGAGGGUCACCUAGUCCAGUGUUUCCCAACCCUGGGUCUCCAGGUGUUUUUGGACUACAACUCCCAUCAUCCCUAGCUAGCAAGACCAGUGGUCAGGGAUGAUGGGAACUGUAGUUCAAAAACACCUAGAGACCCAAGGUUGGGAAACACAGACCUAGUCCAACCCUUUGCAAUGCACGAAUCUUUUGCCCAACGUGGGGCUCGAACCCAGAACCCUGAGAUUAAGAGUCUCAUGCUCUACCGACUGAGCUAUUCCAAUAUAGGCUAGAGCACUACUAAGAGUAGGUUGUGGACUGUGACUGCGACUGAUAUUCAGACAGAACUAGAUCUUAUUUGGAUUGAGAUGUUUGAAUGUAACAUUAACUCCUGUUAAUGCCAGUGAAAAUUCAACAUGCCUGUGCUCCAUCCUCAGUCUCUCCUGGAUUCUGUCCGUGAUUCUGCAUGUGCAAAGUUAAACAUGACAAAAGAUCUUAGUCUUUUUGUAUUGGAGGAUGUCAUAGUGAAAGAGUUGAGAGCUUGUCUUGACCCCUCUGAGUAUUCCUCUCCCUGCCAACAGAUCCUUGCCUGAAUGGUGGCUCCUGCCAAGAUGGCAUCAGUACUUUCAUGUGCACCUGCCUGCCAGGCUUCACAGGCAUACACUGUGCAACUGAGACCAAUGAGUGCCUGAGUAACCCCUGCCGCAAUGGCGCCACCUGCACAGACUAUGUCAACAGCUACACUUGUACUUGUGCGCCAGGCUGGGCUGGCCUACACUGUGAGCAGAAUGUUCAGGAAUGCACUGACAGGUGAGCUGAUAGUUUGUCAUGAGGAACAGUGACUUAUGUCUACCUAUCUUUCAACUCGUAUUACUCAGAGGGCACAUUUUGCAGAAUGGAUAAAGGUAAAUGGACCCCUGACCAUUAGGUCCAGUUGUGGCUGACUCUGGGGUUGCGGCGCUCAUCUCGCUUUAUUGGCCGAGGGAGCCGGCAUACAGCUUCCAGGUCAUCUGGCCAGCAUGACUAAGCUGCUUCUGGUGAACCAGAGCAGCGCACAGAAACACCGUUUACCUUCCCGCCAGAGCGGUACCUAUUUAUCUACUUGCACUUUGAUGUGCUGUCGAACUGCUAGGUUGGCAGGAGCAGGGACCGAGCAACGGGAGCUCACCCUGUUGCGGGGAUUCGAACCGCUGACCUUCUGACUGGCAAGUCCUAGGCUCUGUGGUUUAACCCACAGCGCCACCUGGCCCCAUUCAUAUGAACAAAGCCAAACAGCACUAUAUGGUAGGAGUUAGUCAAGAAGGUUGGCUUACUGUUGUACAGUUCACAUGUUUUAUAUAUUCGAGCACGUUCCCCACUGUAUCAUGUUUAAUAAGGUCCCAGAGUUUUCUUCUCUGCUUUUUAGAACAAAGUGACUGUCUUAUUUUAGUAGCAAUGUGCGGAAAGGGCUCUGUUCUAGAAAACUCUAGAUGGACGAAUGGUUCAGAAGUAGGUAGGAUCCUGUUUAAAAGGAGACAGUGUACUUCUGUCCCCUCUUUGCUUCUAACUCCUCUGUUAGUAAAAACAGAUAGUUAUUCAUAUGAACACAAGACUAAGCCUGGGAUUAAGUGCUGGAUGCUAUAGGGUGACAGGAGGCUGAUCUGAAGUUCCCCUGGUUGUCAGUUACAGGCAAAUCCAAUCCAGUUGUAAAGAAUGGUCAAAUAUUGAGUAAGGAGGGAGGCUUAUCACACAGUUGCAUUUUUCACCUAGAACAGAAACUUCGGUGUAAGACAGAUGCAAGCCAGCACAACUAGCCAAGUGUUAGCUGGUGGGGUAGGCCUAGCCUGUGCUGGGUGUCUCUUGGGGUAGAUAACCUCCUUCCUCCUUCCUUUAUUCCUGACUCCUGUACUUUUGUUCCGGCAGCUCCUGCUUCAAUGGUGGCACAUGCUUGGAUGGAGUGAAUUCGUACACAUGCCACUGCCGGGCUGGCUUCAAAGGAUCCCACUGCCAGCAUGAGAUUGAUGAGUGCCAGUCACAGCCCUGCCUCAAUGGUGGCGUAUGCCAGGAUGGUGUGCAGUCCUACCGCUGUACCUGUCCUCAGGGCUACACAGGUUCUCAGUGCCAGGUAAUCCACCCCGGCCUCUGUUGAAAGGGAAUAAGAUGGUUCAGGGUUUCUCUUGUUUAAGCCUGAGCCGCUAAGUUUGGAUGGAGUUUACAUCUUUUCUAUAAAAACCCAGUACAUAUGCCUUGCAAGCAGGCCCCUAGAGAGGUUGUAGUAUGGAGACACCUAAUGGAGAUGGAUUGGGAAGCUGCCUGGGUUUUGUCAUUGUAGGUGGGAGCUGGGUGCUUUUAUUUUGCCACAAAAUCUCUUGCCUUGUCAUGUCCCCUCUAGACCCUGCUGGAUUUGUGUAGUCGCUCCCCCUGUCAGAAUGGUGGCCGCUGUAUGCAGACAGGCACUACCUUAUCCUGUGCUUGCCCUGGAGGUUGGACUGGGCGUUACUGCGACAUCCCCAAUGUUUCUUGUGAAGUGGUGGCCAGGAACCGAGGUAAGGAAACAUGCUCCAGGGGCAGUGAAACGGAAGCCCUUCUUCCUCAUUUAUUCUGCUAGCUGCUUCCUCAGUGACCUUGAUGACGCAUGUUUGUCAUCCAGGCUCCCCAGCAUUAUCAGCUUAUGCUCACUGGCAAAGCUGAUACAGGACUUCCAGAGUUGACACAGUGAAUGUUACUUGCCUUCACUGAUGCGGGGACAAUGUCCUUGGGUUCACUGGUGCUCCAAUCAAUAGUUCAGACGGCUAUUCCCAGUGGCACUGGAAACUAAAAAUUCUCAACGUUUGAAGUCAAUUUUCCCAUGCUUCUAGGGGGCAGAAUAAAAGCUGCAAAUGUUGUUGCAGAAGUGGUAGUUCUGUAUAUGAAACUCUGUAAUAAUUUCAAAAUGGUGUGAUAAUGGCUGAGGGCAAUGGAGAGUUGGUCUGGAUUCCCUGGUCCUGCUAUAGUACUGGAGCACGUUGCAUGUUCUAUCACAAUUUAACCUCUAUUAUCAAGACUCUAAAGAGGCUUUUUUUUACAUUUUACAGAAAUGUAAAUUAAAUUCUGACUUAGGAAACAUUGGGAUAUGUUGUGCUUCCCCAAUAAAGUGUCUUUUAAAUUGUGGUGGGUAAGAAAGUCUAGUGCUUGGAGGAAGCCCUUGGGUUCUGUUCUUAUGACCAACUUGCUUGUACAAUGUUGCUUCAGUCUUCACUUACCCUGCUUUUAGUCACUUUGUCUAAUCAUCCUUUGGAAACAGGAGGGCAGAAUAUGUAGCAGUACACAAUGUGUAAUUUGCUUUUCCGUACAAUAGGUGUGACCAAAGAGCAGGUGUGUCAUUACGGUGGCCGUUGCGUGGAUGCUGGCAAUACUCACUACUGCAUUUGCAAAAAAAGCUACACCGGCAGCUACUGUGAGAGUGAAGUGGACCACUGCCAGUACAACCUGUGUCGAAAUGGGGGUACCUGUCGCAGUUUUGUGGGAGACUACGUCUGUGAGGUGAGGGAGUCCUUGCAGCCAGUAACAGGCCAGGGUUCCUGGUGUCUCUUCAGAACUCUGGGAAACCUGGUGACAUUUAAUGAUGAGUUGUUGAAUGUCCAGUGAACAAUUGCGAAAUAAGAUAAGAAAAUGGCACAAAUCUGCAACUUAUUUUCCCAGUAAUUAAAAAAAAAACCAAAAACACGAAAAACCCCUCUAUUUUCUUCCAAAGUUUUAUUUUGUUGAAAUAUGGAUAUGGAUUAUAAUUGUUUUCCCACUACUGCAACCUUCCUUACUUUUGGUGGUAACUCCUAUUUGAUGGCUGGUCAGAUUGGUUGAACUUCCACCAUGUCUUAUAAAACCCAUACAUCUUUUGUUUUAUUCUUUGCCACAUCAUAGUUGCAUAUCAGCAAUGAAGUCCAUUGUGUUGUUUCUCAAAUUCUCUGUAAGAAUUUUUUCCCACCGCGCCAGGCACAGCCAAACCAAUAUUUAUAUGCCCUUGUGGGGGAUGCAGAGAAUUGUGUUAUGGGUAGAAAAUAGCCUGCCCUACAAAGUAAAAUUUAUGGUCAUUGCUCCACCCAUUUUUGCCUCUGGCUCCACCCACCACAUGACUACUGGAAGGUUGCUCAGAAGGGAAUGUAGCCAUCAGACUGGAGAAGGUUCGCUAUCUAUGGUCUGGAGACAUUGAAAAAGUACAGCAUUACACAGGAACCAAACAGAAAUGAUACUGCAGUGUUUUCUAACAACAUAUGUUAGCCAUGAUCUUGUGAUACAGUUUCAUAAUGAUGUUUAAUGUUUCUUCUUGCUAUGUAUUUUCCUUCCUUUUUAUGAAGCCAGACUGAUCUAUUUGUAUAAAUCUUGGAAUAAUUUGCCAUAGUCUAUUUGCUCAAAAUCCCAUUAAACUUUAAUAAUCUUAAUUUGGACAAAAAAGAGGAUGGUGCAACUUGAAGGAUCUUUCCCUUCCUUAUGAAAUUGUACUAGUUUUACUUGAUUUUACACAUCAGUAAUAGUACAGUUUAACAAACAAAACAUAAAUUUUAAUGGAACCAAGAGCAGGAAACCUUUUCAAAGACGCAAGGCUUCAGCCUUUCUGGCCUUUUUGUGCUCAUUGCUGUUUUGUCUUGUUUGCUUCUCUUCUACACCAGUGCCCGCUAGGGUUCGAGGGGAAAAACUGUGAGUAUGACAUUGAUGAGUGUCAGUCACACCCCUGCCAGAAUGGAGGGACUUGCAUUGAUCUUGUUGGCCGCUACAUUUGCUCCUGUCCACCUGGAACUCUGGGUAAGUGCUCCUGGGUAUAGGGAGACCUUUACCAAUCGUACCUGUAGUAGGAAAGUACAAGACUGGGGAAAGGAUUUAAGUUCUGAGGGCACAGGUGUUUAUUGCUGGAUUUGCUAUUUUGUUGAAGAAUAGUGAAAGGGAGCUCUGGAUUUCCCCGUAGGGCACAGGAUGGAGAACAUGGGCUCAGAGUUCUCCCAGGCCUCUUUUUGAGGGAGGACAGCUUCAGCAACAGUGCCCAGGGCAAUGGAUGGAUGGAUGUUGACUCACUGUUGGGCACCGUAAAGGGCGAGGAAUCUUGUUUUUUCCACAGAGACAAUGCAAGGAUUGUGAGAAGGAGGAAGAGGUUUGUCUUCCCUGAGUCUGGAUGUUUAAUGUGAUGGCGUGUUUGUCAUUUCUCUAGGUGUCUUGUGUGAAAUAAAUGAAGAUGAUUGUGCUAUGAAUCCUGGCUCCCGGGUCCCCAAAUGCCUCAACAACGGGACAUGUGUGGACAGAGUCGGUGGCUACCGAUGCAGCUGCCCACCAGGUUUCACAGGCGAGCGCUGCGAGGGAGACAUCAAUGAGUGCCAAUCCAACCAUUGCCACCCACGCAACACGCUUGACUGCGUCCAGGAAGCCAGUGACUACCACUGCAUUUGCAAGCCAGGCUACACUGGUGAGUGACAGUGUGUUCUCUUUUCAUGUGGCUGAUGUGUGCAAGGGGCAAGGGAGAGUGUGCCCAAAGUGAUGCGUAGAGGAGCCAGGCUCAAGGGCUGCAAGUAGGAGGACUCUCCCCUGUAAAGAAGUUAGGAGUUCAUCUUCAACCAAGUGGGUGGAGGGGAAUCCAACUGUGCAGCUAAAUGCAUAUUUGUGAUCUAAAACAAAGAUUGGAAUGGUGACUGGAUGAGAUGAGCCUCUUUGGCCAUUUCAGUGAGCAAAUACGAGCUUUGAGAACUAGUGUUAAGAUGCAAGACCAAAUAUAGCAGGGUGGUGGUGGUCUUUGGGGCUAAGUUCUGCUGGAAUCCAUCAGUAAUACUCUUGUUUUUCAUAUCCUCAGGCCGCCAUUGCAAGAACAUUGUGAAUGCGUGUGACUCUCAACCUUGCCAGAAUGGUGGGAAGUGUAAUCCGGCAGUCAACCUGCCUCUAGGCUACACCUGCCACUGUCCCCGGGUGAGUCCCCUACAACACAGCUGCUUACAGCAAGUGGCUAAUGCAACUCCUGUACACAAACAUUGCAAGGGGCUAGGCGAGGGAGAGAAAGGAAGACUGCGGUUGGGAGGAUUAGGUGGGGGAACUGUUAGGCUGAUAAGUUGGUGUUGUGCUAUGAAUGAGUUUCAGUACCUGUUAGGACAAGGUUUCUGUCUGGGAGGCUUUUUGGAGGUAGAGAGUUUAGUGUCCUCCAAUGCAAGGCUUAUCAUGGAAGGAGCUUCUACUUGGGAGUGGCAGGAAACAAUUCUGCUGCGUGAUCUUGUGGGAAUUCUGGUUGUGAAUCCUGCAAGAGAAGUUUGAUGCAGUGCCAUAACACAAUGCAGAAGUCUAAUAUUGGCUAAUAAGGGGAGAUGGCGUUGGUGAGUGGUGCCCAGUACUGGGGGAUGUGGGGUGUGGGAAGGUACUUCUUGAGGGCGGGAUAUGGGUGCUGGGCCUUGAGAUUUGUGGAGGGAAGAAUUUACUCACCAGGCUGAGCGCUUGUAAGAGGACAGCCAUGGUGCCAGAGGCUUUCUGUUGUUAGGCCAGCAGUUGGAGUGAUUUGAGGGCUUGGCCGGCUUUCCAAUCCUAACUCUGCAUUUUAUUCUUUUCCAGGGUUAUUCAGGCAUCCGCUGUGAGCGCAUGCUCUCCUGCCGGGAACUCUCCUGCUUCAAUGGUGGCAGCUGCCGGACCACAGCGCUGGGUCCUCGCUGCUCCUGCCUGCCUGGGUGGGCUGGACCGGAAUGCCGCCUGCAUGCCAACAGCAGCUGUGCCAGCAUGCCCUGCCACAAUGGGGGUGCUUGCCAUGAGACUGCUGACCCUCCUUAUUUUCAGUGCCUUUGUCUUGGUGACUACACGGGGUUCCGCUGCCAGACCCGCACCCUGAAGCUCCCCGAAGUCCACUGCCCGCUGAAGGAGUGCGCUGCAAAGGCCGGGGAUUUCUACUGUGACAAGAUGUGCAACAGUCCAGCCUGCCACUGGGAUGGCGGUGACUGUUCCCUGCGAGUCGAUGAUCCCUGGAAGCAGUGCGAGAGCCCCCUGUGCCUGCAGCUCUUCAACAACAGCCAGUGUGAUGAGAUGUGCAACACGGCCGAGUGCCUUUAUGACAACUUUGACUGCAAGAGCCAUGAGUCCAGCUGCAAGUGAGUCCUGCCACUGCCUCUUGAGUAGGGGAGGUAUCUAGUUGUGUAUACCGUACCAGAGACCCCUGGAAUCAAGGGCCACCCCAACUAAAUGAGGAACCAAGACUUAUUUUAGGAAGUGUAGGGAUGCUGUGCACAAACACGGGUGCUUCCACUGAGACCUAUAAAUUUAUAUCCGUCCCUACUUCCGACACCAAACAUGGCAGAGUCUUGGUAUUAUUUGCAUGGAUUCCUUCUAUGUGUUCCACUUGACUAGCUCUGAGACUUGGCCAUGUUAGCUGUGGGGUGUAGGAAUCCACUGCAGACCCAUAAUGCCUUGUGCCCUUUCCUCCUUAGGGCUUAACAAGGCACCAGUGAGCUGUAUUGGCAUAGGGUUGGUUAUGACAGGCGUGAAUCAGUUCCUUCUCCUCCUCCUUCUUCCACAGCCCUGUCUAUGAGAAAUACUGCUCAGAUCACUUUGCUGAUGGCCAUUGUGACCAGGGCUGCAACAACGAAGAGUGUGGUUGGGAUGGGCUGGACUGUGCGCUGGAGGUGCCCGAACGCUUGGCGGACGGCGUUCUGGUCAUCACUGUGCUGCUACACCCUGACGAAUUGCUCCGCACCAGCACCAUCUUCCUGCAGAAGCUGAGUUCCAUUUUGAGAACCUCCUUGCGCUUCCGCCGUGACAAGGACGGUAACUUCAUGAUCAAGCCAUAUUACGGGUCUGGCAGUCGGCCGCCGUAUUAUGGAUCUGGCGGUCGGCAACGCAGGGAACUGGAACAAGAGAUUAUUGGGUGAGUCACACAGAGGAGCUGAAGAAAAGCAAGGAGCUUUGGGAGUUCAGAGAGCUGCUUGUUGGUGGUGGGGGGUUAUAGGACCCAGGCCUCAAGGAACAUAGAGGGAGGGAUAUAAGAAGGUUCUGAAUUGGAAGGAGAGGUAGUUGGGCCCAGAGGCUCAGCUAAACUACUUCCAACAGCCGUCACAGAAUAAGGCAGCUGUGGGGGAAAAAACUGUAGAACUGGCAUACAAAUCUGAGGGUUCUGAGGAAAUACUAACAAAUCCAGAGUCACCACAAAAACUGUUUUGGAGCUGAUAACAGGAUUAUUUAGUGAUAGAUUUCCAUAACUAGACGGGAAUUCAUUCAAGCGUUUUUAGAUAACUUAAUUAUAUUAUUCAAGAACCGCUUCUGAUGUCUAACUGCUUUCUUAGCCAAAGUACCAGAAGGUGGCUAAUGAAAUAAAAGAAGCAAGUGAGUGCCUGAGAUAGUGGUGGAUCUCUGGAAGCUUUAGGUUAAUGCCAAGCAAGUGGGUUGCAUGCAUCGUUAAGAACAAAUGGGGUAAAUGUGAUCUGCUUAGGAAGAGUCAGCCUGCAUUUUGUAAGAAGAGAUUGUGCUUCACAAAUACAUUAGGAUUAUUAAAGCUGCUGAGAGAAUCUUGGGUGUUCUUUUCCUUGAUGUGUGUAUUGGGAAGUGCCCAUUCUAAAAUUCAGUGUGUAAAAAGCAACAGACCUUGUUUCCUGCACCAGAGGAUGAAUGGGGAGCAGGACCUUUUGUGGAGCUGGCUGACUUGCCUUGUCCUAGAAUUGUGUGUGCUACUAGAUAAGGAGUUCUAGGCCCUGGUAACACUUGCUUCUUCCUCCAGGUCUGAGGUCACUCUUGAGAUUGAUAACCGACUCUGCUACCAGGCUUCAGACAAGUGCUUCCCUGAUGCAGAUAGUGCUGCAGACUACCUGGCUGCCCUGUCAGCGGUGGAGCGCCUAGAGUUCCCAUACCCCCUCAAGGCUGUGCGAGGUGAGGGCACCAGAGGAGUCAUUUGCUGGAAGCAGAAUUUGACUGGGUUUGGAGUUUACAGGAAGGUCAUGACAGGGUCUCCUAAUAGGGCGGUAUUGUUUCUACAGGUGAAAAGAUCAAAGAGGAAGGCGAACUUAAGCUGGUGCCAUUGCUGGUGGUGGCAUGCCUGAUUCUGCUGGUGAUCCUGGUGCUGGGUGUGCUAGUGGCACGGCGCAAAAGAGAGCACAGCACCCUGUGGUUCCCUGAAGGCUUCAGUCUGAAGAAAGAGAGCAGCAAUAAGAACCGGCGUGAGCCUGUGGGUCAGGAUGCCCUAGGCAUGAAGUAAGAGCCUUUCAUUCACCCAGAAUGAAACCCCAGUUCCUGCAGCAGGUUUCAGCUUCUGCAGGAGAUGGUCAGCUAUCUGUGGCUUGUACUUUGCUCCCAAUUGUGCUUUAGUUAGCUGAUGGAGAACUUUUCCUUCAUUUUGUGGUGUGGGAAAGAGCAAGAGGGUGUAAGCCCAUAGGUUUGGUGUUUGCCCUGCACUACUGUUUGACUUCACUAUGUAUCUUUCCCCCUGCUGCAGGAAUAUUGGCAAAGGAGAGAGCCUAAUACCAGACAGCUCAGAAGACUGGCUGGAAGAGUGCCCAGAGGCCAAGCGACUAAAGGUAUUCCUUUUGAGACUUUGCCUGGCUUAAGAAAGGGGAUUCCAGCUUCUCACAAGAGCUACCCCACUGCCUCCCCCACCCUUUCUCUUGGUGUCCGCAGGUAUUACUCCCUGCAUCAGACUACUGUGGGCCUGACUCAUUAGUGUUUGCAAGCAGCAAUGAAGUAGUUUGAUGCACUAGGUGAAUAGGCGCAUAUUAUGUCUUUCCAUAAUAGCUACAGGCCCGUGUUCAUCCUUGCCAGGUGGAGGAGCCAGCCAUAGAUCGUGAAGACCCUGUGGACUGCCGUCAAUGGACACAGCAUCACUUGGUGGCAGCAGACAUCCGCAUGCCGCCAUCUAUGGCCCUGACGCCACCCCAGGGUGAAUUUGAUACUGACUGCAUGGACGUCAAUGUCCGUGGACCAGGUAAUUGGGAAUAAGGGCAGCGAGUUGGGUCUGCGAGCGCUCAUACAGAGCUUUUGCAUACAAUGUCUGAUGAACAGAAUAGAUCUGUUACUUCCUGUCUUCUGUAACAAGUCGCAACAUGUUUUGUUCUAAUCCAGUAUGUGGCACAUGGGAGAGGAGAAACAGAGCAGAUCUUUUAACAAAAGCCAAACACAACAGCAACAACCCUUGUUGGGAUCUCCUUACAGAUGGUUUCACUCCACUUAUGUUGGCCUCCUUCCGUGGUGGUGGUGAAAUGGAGACUGAACUGGCUGAGGAAGAGGAAGCAGAUGACUCCUCUGCCAACAUAAUCUCGGACCUAAUCUGCCAGGGGGCUAACCUGAGUGCCCAGACAGACCGCACAGGUGAAACUGCCCUGCAUUUGGCUGCCAGAUAUGCACGGGCAGAUGCUACCAAGCGCUUGCUGGAUGCUGGUGCUGAUACCAAUGCACAAGACAACACAGGGCGCACACCACUUCAUGCUGCCGUGACUGCUGAUGCCCAGGGAGUCUUCCAGGUGGGUCUCACCCAGUGGACUAGUGUGGCCUUUUAAAUCCUGGACAUAAAUCCCCCUCCUCUGCCUUGCCCAUGUUAACAGCAUGCUCCAGUUCCCUUUUUAAGUGGAGAGCCACUGUGAUGGUUACCACCUGGAAGUUAUUCUUGUGUUAUCCACUCAUUACCUCUCUGGGGACAUGAUGAAAAGUUACUUAGCCUGGCUGUACUUUGCAUUGAUAAGAGUGAAUGAGAACCUAAGAACUGUACUUGAGGCGAUAGUCUUACUGUGCACAUGCUGCCGUGGAUGGUGUGUGUUUUUGGCACCAACCUAACACACCAACAUGUUCUGUUGCCAGAUCCUGAUUCGGAAUCGAUCUACAGACUUGGAUGCCCGAAUGGGGGAUGGUUCAACAGCACUGAUCCUAGCGGCCAGGCUGGCUGUUGAGGGCAUGGUGGAGGAGCUGAUUGUCUGCCACGCUGAUGUCAACGCUGUGGAUGAGAUGGGUACGUAACCCCCAGAGAGGCUGGGGGGCUGAGUUCUUUUACUUGGCUAUUCUGCGUUAUGCUGAACUUCAAAGGGAGGCCUCCUCAGAACUACAACAUGCAUUGCAAAUGUAUUCCAAAUUAAUUCCGCAAAUGCACUUGCUGAACCUCCAGUCUGGUUGCCCUGGGCGUUUCUCAAGCAUCAGCAAUUCACUUGGCCAUUCUCCUGACUCCUGCUUCCCUCUCUAAGCUCCUUAGAUGCAUUCUGAUGAGGCUCUGCAAGGCAAGAGCCACUGUCAUCAUAGAGCCCUGAGUGCUAGAGGUGGAGGGAGCAAAAGGAUGGAUUACACACAUGACAAGGAAUGUGGGAUUAUUAUUUCUCUCUUUCUCUCUCUUUCGUCACAUUCUUGAGAGUCAAUAGGACACCCCCCCUCUGCUACCUAUUUUUUACUAGCUCUUCUUUUUUCAGUCUGCCUACUGAACUGCUGGAAAGGGGAUAGAAAACUCUUGCCAGAACUGAUCUGGUGCAGAGGAUUUCCCUCUCCAAGCAUUCAUUGCUGACAUACUCUUGCCUCCAGCUAGAGUUCUAAACUAUUUGCUUUCAGAGGGCAUCCCCUGCACUUCCAUCAUUCCACCCAUUUUGCCUUUUCCCGUUCCAAUCCACCACCCUGCCCUCCUUUCCCCCUCUCCCACCCGCAUGAAAAUAAGCCAGGAUCCAUGUGUGGCCCUCGUUCCUGAUGUAUGAAGACAAUGCCUUACUGUGUGGAGGGGUAUUAAGAGAGUAGGGCAUGGUCUUUGUGUGCAGGGUCAAAAUGACAGAAGACCUUCUGGGGAACCUGCUGGUGAUUCUGGGGACCCCAUAGCUGCUUGACUCUUGCAUGGACAUGCAUCUCCAUAACAAAGCAGCUGAGUUGCUGAGAGGACAAAUCCAGAGUCUACAGAAGGUCCAGCAUUAAAGCACAGAAUGAGCAGCAACAGGCGAGGAUGGUAGUGAGGAGCAAGGUGGUAGCUUUAGAAUGAGGAGAGUUAAGGGAGCUGAUGCAGCAGAAUACUUCUAGUGGGAUCUGAGACUCGGUAUCAAAGAGAGAACUUACAGUAAUCCUCAUGGUGUCAUUCCUCCCAGGUAAAUCAGCCCUGCACUGGGCAGCAGCUGUCAACAAUGUAGAGGCCACGAUUGCGCUGCUGAAGAAUGGAGCCAACAAGGACAUGCAGGACAGCAAAGUAAGUUCUUUAUUGCAUUUGUUUUUCGAUUAUCAUGUGAUGCUUUAAGUUUCAUGUGUCCCCAUAACUUCGCAAAAUCACAUCUGUUGCUGUAGGCUCUGUCUGACAGGAGCAGCUCUUUCCAUCCCUGUAAAUGUGGCUCCCCUGCCUAUAUAUGGUGGGGAGGUUUACAGGGAGACAAGAAGCUGAUGGCUGCUUUUCUAGAAUGCUUUGUAGUAUGUUCUCUUCAUCACCCUGUCCUCUCUGCGGCAGGAGGAGACACCGCUGUUCCUGGCAGCCCGGGAAGGCAGUUAUGAGGCAGCCAAAAUCCUGCUGGAUCACUUUGCCAACCGGGAAAUCACAGACCACAUGGAUCGCCUGCCACGCGACGUGGCUCAGGAGCGCUUGCACCACGACAUUGUCCGGCUUCUGGACGACUACAACACCGUGCGCAGCCCACAGGGGGCGUUGCCCGCCGGCCACUCCCUCUCCCCUCUCAUGUGCCCUCCCAAUAGCUUCUUGCCCAGCUUGAAGCCCACGCCACAGGGCAAGAAGAGCCGGCGUCCUAGCACCAAGAACGCGACGGCGGGCAGCAGCGCCAGCCUGGCAAGGGAGAGCAAAGAGGCCAAGGCACGUGCCAAGAAGCUCAACCUGGAGUGCCAAGGCUCUCUCCUGGAGAGCUCUGUCACCCUGUCUCCCGUUGACUCACUGGACUCCCCCUAUGUGCCCAACCCUGCCUCGCCAGGGGUCUUCCACCCAGCCAACUCCUCACUGUCAGUGCCCUCCACUCCCAUGGUCCACGGCAUGAUGGAGGCGCCCUUUGCUGUCAGUCUGGCACGCCUCAGCGACCUAGGGGACGGCACCCUCCUCUCCAUGAACCGCCUCUCAGUGCCACCAGGCCGCAUGGGGCUCAGCCUGGGCAUGGUGAGCCCCGUGGCCAUGCCCUUUGAUUGGCAUGCCCGUGUCCCCACUUCCCAGUGCCAGCCAAUCAUAGGGGUUGUGCACCCUGCCGCCUCCCAUCCCAACCUGCACCAACCAGGCCAGGCUUUCCCACCAGGGCUGCUUCUGCCCAGCCACAUGGCCAUGGGGCACAGCUCCCAGGGUCUGCCCAACUCAGCUCCUCCACAGACCAAGGAGGCAGCCCAGCCCAUGCCCCCGCCAGCUACCACCAUGAGAACCAACCAGCCUGUCUCGCCCCAGGAGGCCCAGGGGGCGCCCCGUGCAGGGCCCCCACAGUACCUAAAGCCCGCGGGGGUUGAGGAUUACCCGACACCCCCUUCUCAACACAGCUACACACAGGGGCAGGACGCGACCCCCAAGCACUUCCUCCAUCCGCCCAGUGAGCACCCCUACCUGACUCCUUCGCCAGAGUCCCCAGAGCAGUGGAGCAGCCCCUCGCCCCACUCCUUGUCCGACUGGUCUGAAUCUACUCCCAGCCCGACUGUCCUGGGGCCCAGCCACACCCAGCUGCCUUCAGUGGAGCCAUCCGCUAAGAUGCAGGUGUUUGCGUGAGGAGGUGGGUGGUGGAGCAGAUCCCAGAGGCCUGUGUCCCUCUGUGGCCCCCAUUGGGGCCUGCACUUGCCUCAGGGGCUCCUGUCGUCGUUUCCCCUGACUGUGUUUUUAUAAGAGAAAAACUCAAGUGUAAAAAGGUUUUUUUUAAAAAAAAUAAAAUAAAAUAUGCCUGGUCUUGGAGGGGGAAGGCAUGGCCUCCCCGUUCCCUCACUGCCACAGAGCCCAGGCUGGCCCUCUCCCUUCCCCUCCCCUGUAACCAUGGCAACUAGGUUUCGGGGGAGGGUUUUUUUUUUUUAAAAAAAGAAAUAAACUCUUCCUUUUUUUUUGUAUAAACACUGCAUUUACUCCAAACGCUUUAUUUUUUACAAUGUAUGCAAUGUCAGAACCCCUGUCUUGCCACUCUUCUUCCUAUGGGUCUUGAGCUGUGAGGAAUGGAGAGGAAACUGUGCCCCUUGCUCCCCCCCUCUGCAUGACACUGUCUCUCGGGUCGAGCACCCCCCUCCCCUCCCACCAUGUUGGGGCGGGAUUCUGCUCACUGUAUUUGUGUACUGGGUACGCAGCAUUAGCCCAGACUGGCAUUGCUAUGCAGAGGGUCGAGCCCCAAACCUGCCCGCUGCCCUGCAGGAAACUAAGCCCCAUAGCCCCCCCAAACUUGGCACUUCUUCACAUUCCAGGUUAAUUUAUUCAUCUUAAAUUCUACAGCAUUCCCACCCUGUCCCCCACAAAAUCCCCCUUGACUUUCCAAAUUGCUUCAGCUAACGCUAGCCAUGGUCAUGGGGAUUUUUUCAGUCUCCAGAGUAUUCUGAGCCACUCUUGUUUUCCCCCUUUAUUAUUAUAUUUUAUUAUUAUUAUUCCUGGCCUUUACUAACAUUCCUCCCAUCUGGUCCAAGGCCGCCUUCGGCCUACCUCGGCAAGUUACAUUUUUCCUGUACGACAAGUUCCUUGCCCCUGUGGUACUGCGUGGGAAUUUUGGGGGCAGCCCCAGACACUAAAAAGAGUUUCACUCUGUCGUGAAAGGUACUGAACUGAGAUAGAACACAAAAUGCUUCCUGUUUCUCCUCAAAAACAUCUGGCCCCAGCAGCCAACUACCUACACUUUCCUCACUCCCUGACCCCCCUCCCCUUCGCACUCUGUACAUUCCAGCUAUCCCUGGCUGUAAAUACUGCUGGUGGGAGCAGGUGCCCAGGCAGGACCUUGGUCCGGUGGUGACCGCUGCUUCCUUCCCACCCCACCCCCCUUCCCUUCCCAUGCUCUGUAGCAUAGUGGGGGAAUGGCCCUGCGCAAGUCAGACCUCUCUUGUCAUAGAAGGACCAUUUCUAGCUCAUUUAAAUAAAUAAACAAAAAAACUUUUUUAAAAAACAAAUUAAAAAAAAAAUCCAGUGUAAACCAAGUAGCUUUAAAGCAGCUGGGUGCUUUGUGUACAGAGCGGCUUGAGCCGCGGCAUAAUAAACAUAGCUAAUAAGGAAAUCGCCUCUGCUUCCUCUGUGUGUCUUUUGUUUCUUUUUGUUUCGUAGUUGCAGGUUCAGGCUGUGUAGCAAGCCACUACGUAUUUACAUAUAUCUAUAAUCUACUACAAA